AUGGCUGGCUUUCAUGGAAAGAUUUCUUUGGGGAGCCGUACUAAAUUACCGGAUAUUCUCCAUUCUGCAUCCCAGCUGGGGAACCCUGAGACCCUCUCAGUGCGAGGAAUUGCUACCAAUGGCAAAAGGGAGGAGGCUCCAGGUUUAGCUCAAAGUCACCAGAACAAGAAGCCUUUUCUGCAGGACAUUCUGAGGACCUACCAAGUCGAGCAGCUUGACAACUGGGAAGAACUAGAUCACUGGGCAAAUAUUGGUAAAUGUGACACUUGAGUCCGUUCUAUUUUAACACAUACAAUGUGGCGUAUUUACUAAACUGUGCAGAAUUAACAAGCGAAUUCCAAAUGUCAGGACAAAAGAGACUAGCUGGAAAGUGGAAACGUAGCUGGUUUGGAGAUCUUUUGAAGUCCCUUGUCAAUUCACAGUUUAGUAAAUCAAUGUGUAGAUUUAUGAUAUUACAUGUUUGCAAAUAUAAAAGUGUAAGAGGUGAAAAAUGUAACGGUAAAAUAAAGAAAUAAAAUAUUUAUAGGAUGGAUUAAAAAAAACAUAAUUGCACAUUUUUACAGACACACAUAGGGUUAUUCAAUAAAAGUGAGAAUUUAAUGUGAAUUCAACGUGAAUUUCAAAUUUAACAAUAAAAUAGCUAACCUGGCAAAAUUCCCUAAAUCAAUCAUGCUUUCAUUUAAUCUACUAUGGCCUUAUAUUUGAGAUUCACUUUAAGUUCUCACUUAAAUAACCCUAAUAAUAUCUUGAUGCCAAGGUUGGCACAUGACAAAUGUUGCCCUAUUAUAUAUAGCAUUCAAACAGUGUAUGAAGGCGAUUGUUAAUUCAGUUUAUUUCUGGCAUAUAAAUUUCACAUAGAACACAAAAGCACUUUGCAUGCGUUUCUAAUCAGUAUGUAGGAAUCGAGGAAUAUAUAGUGGAACAGAUUGGCACGUUAUAACUUUUUAGCCAUUAAAACUUGAAGUAAAGAGAUUUCACAUACUGUAGAGGAAAGAGUUUUUCACAGUAGAAACUAUAACUACCUGGAAUUCUCAUUUUGGAAUCAAUUGUGUUAUUUUAAUUUCAUUUGGAAUAGCAGCAAAAGUACAUGUGUGAAAAGUUAAACUUGAUAAACAAGUAUUUAUGCAAUCUAUAUUGCUGUGUAACUAUAUAUUACAAUAUUAAUAUCAUCUCCCAGUGCAAUAAUGCCAUCAGAAGUGAAAGCUAGGAAUAAACAAAAAAAUGUUUUUUUAUUCUAUCGUAUUGGUUCGUGUUGGAUAUUUAUUUUGGAGAAACUGAUGUAUUUGAUUUGUAGUUUAAGUAAACAUGUGCUCACUGUCAAAAUAGGGAGAUUGGCAACCUGACCCAAAGAACAAAUAUUGUGCAAAAUUGUAAAAGUGAAGCAAUGCAAUCAGAAACGACAUUCUACUAUACUGCCCAUUGGGCAAAAUAAUGUAUACCUCCAAAGGACAAAGAGGGACACUUUUAUUUUAGGGGUGUGAAUCGGGGUGUUGCCAUGGGCAGGGUUGUUCUUAGAAAUUGUAAGUGACUCACUAAUGACAAUGUAUGUAACUAAAAUAGAAUUUACAACAAGAACAAUGUAUCUUUUUACACAGACUGAUUUCUAAACAGAUUCAUUGUAGUAUAAAGACACAUUACUGUGAGUUUUAUGGCUGUUGAGCUCUCUUAUACUCUCAGACACACCAGCCAAAUGGAGUUACUAGAAAGGAGAGACAUUGAGAUAAAAAAGAGGCACAGGGAGAUUUGGGAACAAAAUAGGGAAUGUCCAUCCUAAAUAGGGACACUUGGGAGGUAUAUGGGCUCAUAUGUUUAAAAUAAAAUCUAUGCUAUUUUUAAAACAAACAAAAUUGGCAAAAAAAAAAUUGGUUAAGAUGGGAUAGAACACCUUGUGUAUUUCUGCAUUAAGAUAUAUUUGUUACUGUUUUUUUUCCCAAUUGUAAAGUACACCCAUUGUGAACCCUUGAUUUAAACAGAUUAGACAAACUGGUGUCCGAUUCCUUCUCGUGAUACACGGUUAAAACAAUCAGCAGAUUUCCUUCGUCGCCCCUACUAAGUAUGAAAAAAGUUUUAAAAAGUAGUCGCUGAGAAUUUUGCCUGGUGUAUUGUCUUGUAAAAGGAUUCUAUAUGAGGAAGCAGAUCAAAUCUCGCCUAUCUGCAGGAUUCAUCGGAUGGAGCGAGUUUCCCAUACACAAAGUCAGCUCUCAAAUAUAGAGCACCUUUUCAGUCUGCACAGGAGCUAUUCACCGUUUAGACUAUUGGCAUUGUUAUAAUAUGUUAAUAGGGAAGAUUCACCUUGAGUCAUUCAAGAACAAAAAUUACAUACCUAUCUGAAAGGAUAAAGCAACAACGGGACAAUAAUGUCUCUACUAUGAAAGUAUUUGGGGAAUCUCACACAGCAGACCGUCCUGUUAUCGUUAUGAUUAGAAUCAAAGAAGGACACAUUUGCUUAAAGGACCACUAUAGUGCCAGGAAAACAUACUCGUUUUCCUGGCACUAUAGUGCCCUGAGGGUGACCCCACCCUCAGGGACCCCCUCCAGCCCGGCUCUGGAAAGGGGAAAAGGGGUUAAACUUACCUUUUUCCAGCGCUGGGCGGGGAGCUCUCCUCCUCUUCUCCUCCCCGUCGGCUAAAUGCGCACGCGCGUCAAGAGCUGCGCGCGCAUUCAGCCAGUCACAUAGGAAAGCAUUCAUAAUGCUUUCCUAUGGACGCUUGCGUGCUCUCACUGUGAAAAUCACAGUGAGAAGCACGCAAGCGCCUCUAGUGGCUGUCAAUGAGACAGCCACUAGAGGAAUAAGGGGAAGGCUUAACCCAUUCAUAAACAUAGCAGUUUCUCAGAAACUGCUAUGUUUAUGAAAAAAUGGGUUAACCCUGGCUGGACCUGGCACCCAGACCACUUCAUUAAGCUGAAGUGGUCUGGGUGCCUAGAGUGGUCCUUUAACUAUUCUCUUAUUCUACUAUAUUUGUAUACCCUAUAAGCAUGGGCUACAAUCAGGGUGUUAUUUCUUAAUAGCAAUUCUGGAGCAAAGUUCUAAAGUUGGAGCAAUAACCAUGCUCCAACCUUAGAAUGUUACCUCCCAAAAUGUGGCUAGGGUUAGAAAUGUUGGCUGUCCUGAGUAAUGUUGGGUGACUUACUAAUAAAUUAUGGAACUAAAAUGUAAUUUAGAACAAUGUAUCUUAUUUACACAGACUGAUUUCUAAACAGAUUUAUUGUAAUGUAAAGACACAUUGCUGGGAGUAUUAUUGCUGUGGAACUCUGUUAUACACUCAGACACAUUACUGGGAGUAUUAUUGCUGCGGAGCUCUGUUAUACAGUCAGACACAUUACUGGGAGUAUUAUUGCUGUGGAGCUCUGUUAUACACUCAGACACAUUAUUGGGAGUAUUAUUGCUGUGGAGCUCUGUUAUACACUCAGACACAUUAUUGGGAGUAUUAUUGCUGUGGAACUCUGUUAUACACUCAGACACAUUACUGGGAGUAUUAUUGCUGCGGAGCUCUGUUAUACACUCAGACACAUUACUGGGAGUAUUAUUGCUGUGGAGCUCUGUUAUACACUCAGACACAAUGCUGGGAGUAUUAUUGCUGUGGAACUCUGUUAUACACUCAGACACAUUACUGGGAGUAUUAUUGCUGCGGAGCUCUGUUAUACACUCAGACACAAUGCUGGGAGUAUUAUUGCUGUGAAGCUCUGUUAUACACUCAGACACAUUACUGGGAGUAUUAUUGCUGUGGAGCUCUGUUAUACACUCAGACAAACCAACAAUAUGAAGCACCUAGAAAAGAUGGACAUUAGGACAGAAAAUAGGGAAAGAUGGAUUUGUGCUGUAAAUAGGGAUUGUCACUCCUAAAUAGGGACUUGGGAGGUAUGUUGUUGAUCACACCAAAAUUGGGCUUUAUAUGUACAGUAUAACUCUCCCCAGAUUAUGUCAUAACUUAUUUUCAGCCCCUUUAUAUGAUGUAGCAGAUAAAAGGGGUUGCCAACCCUCACUACUUUUUGGUCAUGUCCUGGAGACCAAAGUGUUUUUUAAUUUUUUUCUUGUUUGUUUUCAUAUAAUACAUUAUUUUCCCAAGAGGCCCUAAUAAUUUUGUCUGAUCACUUGACUCCUUGAGAAUUAAUCAGGUGUACUGGAUAUAAUCCCAUUUCCAAACACAAAAUUAGUUAUUAAAUACCUUCAGACAAUGUUCAUGUUGUUGAAGUUGAAAUGCAUUACCUAAAUUACUGCAGAAACAUCAUUCUGACUUUUAGUGAAUAUUCUCCUUGCUAAAUAAACUACUCAGUCUUGUGACUAAUAGCUGGAAUAAGCUUUUUCUUAGUAAAUAAAUGUGUGAUAUUUUUAAUUGAGAAAAUCAAUAGACAUGUUUUUAUUUUUUUAGAUAAAAAACAUUGGGAAAGAGAUGGAAAGGAAGAAAAGGACAAAGUUCCCUCUAACAACACUCAAUCAUUGCUCAAGGCUCAGUGCGAAGAGGUUGGUUGUUUUCGUCACGUCUGCCAUUUUGUUAAAAUCAAUACAAUAUGAACCCUGUAAAAACCCAGGAGCAAUGCAUCUGUUAUAGAUGAGCCAUGUCUCCUGCACUCUUUCAGUUGUGGCAAAAGUGUCGCGCACUGGAAAAACAAUAGUGUUCACAGCUUUCUAAAGGCGGGAACGUUGACAUGAAUUGAGAGAACAACUCAGAAAAGCAGUGAAGUAUUCAUGGGUGGGUUUGGAGCUCUGUUGGGACUAGGUAUAGUCACAAGCCACAGACUAGACCCCAUCACAGCUCGAGAGACAAAAUCAUCAACAACUGUUGUAGAAGGAGACACAUUACAAGAAGAACCAUCAAGAUUAAGGGCCUUUAACUAUUUUAUUGUUGGUGGUCCACCAGUGCAGCUUGUACAAUUCGAAUACAUCGUAAAAAAAAAAGAUACAUAAUAAAAAAUAUAUAAUUUUUCAAACUGUAGUAUAAUAAAGUCUGACUGGGAGAUCCUCACCUGAACUAAAAGGUGGUAAGUAAAUAGAUACAUACUCCACCACUUAUCCAUUAGUGAGGAUUCCAUUCAGUUUAUCAAUGGAACAGCUUGUACGUGUGAGCUUAAUAAAAAUACUUACAAUUAUUCAUAUACAUUAGCCAAAUCACUAGUUAUAGCUAAGAAAAAUAACAUAGCUAACUCAACUCAUUGUAGUGGUUACGGGGCAAUGUUCUGCUUGUGUCAUCCCCUGGCUUAUGUCUAGCCAUUUUUAGUUUGUGUAAACAAAUUUCAACUCAUGUGCACCGGGGGCAGAGAUGAGGGGCUAGCCAGCACUCAUUGCUUUUUUGGAGGGCCCUGGAGACCUUUUGAGUAGUGUGACAAAGACCAGGAAGAUCUAUAACCUAUCGAUAACCUAAAGUUGGCUGUUGAAGUUAAUGCAGCCCAUCUGACUUUAGAUGGCAAUGAUGGGCUACCUGAACACACUAUAGAUAAAGUGCCUUAGUACAGAUGCUUGAUGUAACUGUACUGACUGCAUGUGGACAUGACACCCCCAUAACAACAUUUCUUAAAUUUUGGUGAUAUUUUUAGAAAUUUGUUUUGCCAGAAAUGCUGUCAGGUUCAUUGCAAAGUCCCACAAGCAUAGUAUUUGACCAUUUUUAUUUAUCUAUUUUCUCAUAUCUAUGUUAUGUGACAAACAAAAGACUGAAAUAUUGCAAGAUGGGGAUACUGUGUAGAACUCUGUAUCUUGUCAACCUAGCAAUAUAUCUGUAACAGAUUAACAUAGACAUUAGUACAUUUUAUUAAUAAUUCAAAUUGUGUACUUUUACAUAUUUCUUUAACUUUUUCUAUCACUGAACAGCAAUCUAUACAUAAUUGUUGCUUUUUUUUUGUACGUUUACUUACAAGUUAUGCAUCCUCAAAUCAUUAUUAUUAUUUUUUUUUUUAAUGAAAGUCAUUCUUUGCGAAGUAGUUAACCAUUAUGCCAUUAUGAAUUAUUUCUGCUUUAUUUCAGAUUCAAAACAAGCUUUUUGAGAAGAUAAAUUCAGAUGGAUUUUACUAUCUAAAGAAUCUGUUUUGGUCUAAUGACCCAGAAGGAAGAGGAAGAGUUUCAAGGUUCUAUUUAUAAUAUGAUAUGGGACAAAUAUUGGUACAUUUGGCAACGUAUGUGAUGAAAAAAGAUUGGAGUAAUUGUUAUGAAACCACCACAAUUUUUCUACUAAUCGCUCCACACUUAAAGGAACACUUCAAACAUUUAAAGCACUUUAGCUUGCUGAAGUGCUUUAUCUGUAAAGGGUGUGUCUUCUUUGUUUUCAUUUUACAAAAAAGUGCAGAUUUCAAUAAAAAAAAUCAGCACUUACAUAAAUUAGCCUUGUUACAACCCCGUCUGUCAAUCAGACAACCAGUCCCCUUACGUCCCAGUUGUUUAGGUCAGUAGAACUAAACACAAGAGGCAGCAAUUGCCCAGAGCACCUGCCUUGCAAAGAUUUCUCAUUAAGCAGCAUUGGGUAGUCUGUGAUUGGACAGCCACAGAAAGUCUGGGCGGGGUUAGAAGAGGAUGACUUGCAAAAGCUGCAGACAAAAGAACUACAGCUUUUAUAGCUCAUUUUAGAUAUACCGCAAAUAAAAUAAUGCAUCAUUAAAUGCAUGCCUGUUUUCAUUCGGGGUAUUACUACUUAGUAGUGAUUUUUAUUUAUUUGGGCAGUUGAGUAACCCUUUCCAGUUUUGCUUGUUUUGUUUUGCAGGGCUGUCAUGUGGACGGAGGCACAUUACGUCCUAUGAGCUAGCUUCCAGGUGCCCCCUUUGACUGAGAUGGGUAGAAAAUCGCUUGCAGUUUGAUGUCAUUAUUGAUGUCAUUACCGUGCAUUGAUGUCAUAGAAACCAAUAAUGUGUAUUUUAUUCUUUUUGCUCAAGUUAUAAUUUAGAAAUGUCACUGUUCUGGAGACCUACCUGUGUUCUCCUGCUAUGCUGUCAGAAAUGCAGACACAUUUUUAAAUAUUUUCAACCAUAAACAACAUCAAACAAAAAAGUUAAUUUUCAAUAUUUUAACUCAUCAUCAGACAGUAAACUAAUUGAUUUAAUCAUAUCGCUCGUUCCUCAGAGGUUUCCUUGAUUAUUGGGGCAAGGGAUACCACACUAGACAUUAGUUCCCCAUUUGACCAAUCUCACAGUUUCUCCAUUAUGUUUCAGGGAAUCUCUUCCUGUAUUACUAGCUACCUUCCUCGGCCAUUUUGUCAGUACAGCACAGUGUGACCACCUCCUCCAAAGGUACAGUAAGCACAGCUUGUUUUUCACAUAACCCAAGUUUGCAUUGUGUGUCUCAUCUCUGUGAUAUCGUUCAUCGCUGCGCUCCAAAACCCUAUAGCAUUUAAGGCAAUGAAAGGCACUUUAACUGCUUUAUCUCACUAAAGUGGUUAUAGUGUCUGGAGUCCCCUGGUACUAUCCUUCAAUUCAGUGUUAUAUGGUUUUUAAUGUGUUAAUGCUAAAUGAGAGCCAAUCCCCUCUGUGCUGUUUGGACUAAUUAGGAAGCAUUAAUAUGAGCAGCAGUAAACGGCUGUGAUUGGCUGAGAGUGUCAGCUGACUGCUUUCAGCCUAUCACAGUGCAAAUUGCUGGUAUGAAUUGUACGGCUAGAAGGAUGUCUGUAAUCUCUGCCUUAGCCACACCUCCAGUAGGGGCCGGGCUAUGGGUGGACGGGGACACUCAGUUAACUCGAAAAUAUUAUUAUAAUGAUUAAAGGGAAUACGCCAGAGGACUCCAGGAUCUCGUUGUCACAAGACAAGGGUUUAGAAAUAUUAGUAAAUUUGGACACUUUGAAAAUUUGUACAGGAAUAUUGGGUUGAAAAAAUAUUUCUCCAACAUAGAAUAAUGCAUACAGAUUUACCAAGGCUAAUCUGAUGUUGUAUCCUGAAAGUUAUCUCACAUUCUGAAGAAAUUUCCUUGAUAAUUAGUUUAGUAUAUUUGUCAAGAUUUAUGUGAUGUGACUAAACCCUUACCCUUGGCUUAAAUACAAAAAAGGAAUAAAAUGCAAAAUAGGUGCUUUAACUUAAUAUAUAAAUGUAUGAAACAAUCAAUGAGUGUGCACAAAAAUAAAAAUAAAAUUGGUGUGCAAUAAGCAUGAAUCUGAAAACCGAAAAAUCUAGUUUUGGUUGGUAAAAAUUGAUUUGGCCAUAAUUUUUUUUUUUUUUUUUAAUUCAGUUUUGUCAAUGUUGCGUUUUCUUCAGACAAAUUUAGUUUCUGGAAAAACAAUCUGGAGGGACCAAAAUGGUGCAAAAAAUGCUCCUAUUAUUGUACUGCAAUACAAAAAUGGCUAAAACAUCGCUUACCCUAAUUGCUUCGCAAUAUUUUGCUAUGCCAAUUGUCAUAAUUAUAUUAUUAUAACUGUAUUUAAAAAAAAAAAAAACGACAGCCUCUGGAUUCAUGUCUUUGGGGUUACACCAUUCGUUUAAUCCCUUGAGGUAAGCGAGUGAGGUAAGCCAUUAUUGCACCAUAACAAUUUAAUUCCAGUUAAAUUGUUAUGGUAAGCAGAGUUUUCGUUUAAUGUGAAUAACUCGCAAUGGCCACCUAUUGGUCUAUAGGCUACAGAUUGCACCGUUUCACCAGACAGGUAGACCUGUAGACUGUCUACCAGGUGGACUAAGGGUAGGGAAACAUAUUAGAAGAGAUGGAUCCUGAACAGAGAGUCCCUUCCAAUAACAGUGCUGGAUUUAAAUGGCCCAGAAUCCCAGGGUGUGAAUUUAUAUAAUAUAUAGCUAUGUAUUAAAGAAAAUAAUUUGUCUAGAAGUCUGUAGUACUUGCCAUUUGCAUUUCACAAUGUUUUUGUUCUUGCACUCAGACUACAACUUGGAAACAAACGCACAAUAUCAUUUGAUGCCUUUUACGAUGGCUUUAAAAGGGAGGAAAACAGCGCGCCACCUGAUUGGCUGGAUCCAAUGAAGCGAAAACAUAAGCCGGCUUUGAAAGAAGCACAUGAGGUUCAUUUAUCACUGAAGGAAAUGGCUGAAAACAGGUCAGGAGGCUCAGAGCAACAAAUUGGCAUACAUAGGAUUUCCUUUAGCUUCCUAGUUGUACAGGAUUUAGUAGUAAAAACACUAAAUUGUAGAGACAAUCAAAUAGCAAAAUUCACUUAAUUCAAUAAACCCACAGUGGACAUUAUCAAUAAACUGGGAAUUGUAAAGAACUGGUAAGAGAACUGCAAAUUUUAGGGCAAAAUUGACAAUAUUAAAGAGACACUAUUGUCACCAAAACAACUUUUGCUUAAUGAAGCAAAUUUUUGUGCAUAGGUCAUGCAUCUGAAGUUUCACUGCUCAAUUCUCUGACAUUUUGGAGUUGAAUCUCAUUUGUUUCUGUGUAUGCAGCCCUAGUCACAGCUCCCCUGGUUGUGGACUUUAAAAGUUUUUAUUUCCUGCUCUGUAAAUUGAACUUUAAUUACACACAGGGGGUUCCUGCAGGGUCUCGCAAGCUAUUAACAGAGCAGGAGGUAAGAAAUUGUAAAUUAAGCAGAAUUUGCGAUAAAGGAAGUGCAAACAUACAUACAUAAAUGAGAAAAGAAAAGUAAAACAAGGAUUAGUUAGAUUAAAAACAAAAGAAGGAAGGCAUGUAGAAGAGGAUAAAGGUCAGGCUGACUGCCUCAAUGAAUAUUUUUGUUCUGUAUUUACAGGAGAAAAUGAAGGAAAGGGACCUCAGUUGAGAAAAAGGAUAAAUUAGUCAUUUAUUACACGUGCGUUUACAGAGGAAGAGGUUCUAUUUCAACUGUCAAAAGUAAAGACAAAUAAGUCAAUGGGACCUGAUGGAAUACACCCAAAGCUAUUAAAAGAGCUUAGUGGUGUACUAGCAAAACCAUUAACAGAUUUAUUUAACCAAUCAUUGUUAACAGGAGUAGUCCCAGAAGAUUGGAAGUUAGCGAAUGUUGUGCCCAUUUACAAGAAAGGUAAUAGGGAGGAGUCGGGCAACUAUAGGCCAGUAAGCCUUACUUCAGUAGUGGGGAAAGUGAUGGAAACCAUGUUAAAGGAUAGGAUUGAGGAACAUCUAAAAACACAUGGAUUUCAAGAUCAGAGACAACAUGGGUUUACUUCAGGGAGAUCAUGCCAAACUAAUCUUAUUGAUUUUUUUGAUUGGGUAACUAAAAUUAUAGAUCAGGGUGGUGCAGUAGACAUUGCUUACCUAGAUUUCAGUAAGGCUUUUGACACUGUUGCACAUAGAAGGCUUAUCAAUAAACUGCAAUCUUUAAGUUUGGAUUCCAAUAUUGUUGAAUGGGUAAGGCAGUGGCUGAGUGACAGGCAACAGAGGGUUGUAGUUAAUGGAAUAUAUUCGAAGCUUGGACUUGUCACCAGUGGGGUACCUCAGGGAUCUGUACUUGGACCCAUUCUCUUUAAUAUUUUUAUUAGUGAUAUUGCAGAAGGUCUUGAUGGUAAGGUAUGUCUUUUUGCUGAUGAUACUAAGAUAUGUAACAGGGUUGAUGUUCCAGGAGGGAUAAGCCAAAUGGCAAAUGAUUUAGGUAAACUAGAAAAAUGGUCAGAAUUGUGGCAACUGACAUUUAAUGUGGAUAAGUGCAAGAUAAUGCAUCUUGGACGUAAAAACCCAAGGGCAGAGUACAGAAUAUUUGAUAGAGUUCUAACCCCAACAUAUGAGGAAAGGGAUUUAGGGGUGAUUAUUUCUGAUGACUUAAAGGUAGGCAGACAAUGUAAUAGAGCAGCAGGAAAUGCUAGCAGAAUGCUUGGUUGUAUAGGGAGAGGUAUUAGCAGUAGAAAGAGGGAAGUGCUCAUGCCAUUAUACAGAACACUGGUGAGACCUCACUUGGAGUAUUGUACACAGUACUGGAGACCGUAUCUUCAGAAGGAUAUUGAUACCUUAGAGAGGGUUCAGAGAAGGGCUACUAAACUGGUUCAUGGAUUGUGGGAUAAAACUUACCAGGAAAGGUUAAAGGAUCUUAACAUGUAUAGCUUGGAGGAAAGACGAGACAGGGGGGAUAUGAUAGAAACAUUUAAAUAUAUAAAGGGAAUCAACACAGUAAAGGAGGAGACUAUAUUUAAAAGAAGAAAAACUACCACAACAAGAGGACAUAGUCUCAAAUUAGAGGGACAAAGGUUUAAAAAUAAUAUCAGGAAGUAUUACUUUACUGAGAGGGUAGUGGGUGCAUGGAAUAGCCUUCCAGCUGAAGUGGUAGAGGUUAACACAGUAAAGGAGUUUAAGCAUGCGUGGGAUAGGCAUAAGGCUAUCCUAACUAUAAGAUAAGAAUAGGGAGUAAUGAAAGUAUUUAGAAAAUUGGGCAGACUAGAUGGGCCGAAUGGUUCUCAUCUGCCGUCACAUUCUAUGUUUCUAUGUUUCUAUGUUUCUAUGUUUCUCUCUUUACAGGAAAUGUUUAGGAAAGCUGUGCAAGUCACAUGCAGGGAGGUGUGACUAGGGCUGCAUAAACAAAAUGAUUUAACUCAUAAAUGGCAGAGAAUUGAGCAGUGAGACUGCAGGGGCAUUAUCUAUGCACCAAAACUGCUUCAUUACACUAAUGUUGUUUGGGUUACUAAAGUGUCUCUUUAAAGGAAUACUCCUAAGUCCUAAAGCACUUUAGCCUCCCGAGUUUAGCUUGUGUCUUUUUUUUAUUUUACUAAAAGUGCAGAUGUCAAAAGAAAUGCACACUUUUAUAAAUGAACUUUGCUACGCCCCCAUGGCUGUCAAUCAGACAACUGAUCCUGUUGCUUCCUUGUACUUUAGCUCAGAGAACCUGCCUUGAAAAGACUUCUCAUUGAGUUGCAGUGGGAAUGUAACAUCUAUAAACAUUUUACCUUUUGUGUAAUUACAUCACACUUCCCAUUGAUUGGAAACUCACCACCUUCUGUUCCUGUACAUCCGACCUUAAACCAGGAAUUGAUCACUGACCUUGGGAUAAGAUAUUUUAGACCAAAACACCUGAUCUAGAUUAUGUUUCUAGAUCUGGAAUUCUGGUCUAAAAGUUCAAUUCCCUGGUUAAAUCCUGACAAAUAAAAAUUAAGGAACAAAUAUCUAUUACGUUUUUCUCAUGUAUUUGUUUAAAGGGCAAAUUGAGGUAAUUCUGCAGUUGUACCCAUUCUAAGUUUGUUUUGUGUUAAGGAAAGACUGUAGAGAGUGAAAAAAGUUUGAAGCUUCAAAAAAGAUAAAACAUCAGCAUUUUAAGUCACACAUAAUGAUUAUUAUUAUUAUUAUGAGAAAUGUUAUAACCCAAUAUCACCUUAAGGAUAUAUGAUGGAAAUUUUCCGUCAUGAUUCCCUUUUAUUCCAGAAGAUUUGUCCUUAAGGAGAUAUAUAGCACUGCGCUUUACCGUUAUAGUGGGGAAAUAUAACAGCAAGUACUUAAUGGAAUGUAAUAUUGAAAUAAUGUGUACAGGUACAGGAGGGGAAGAGGGAACUGUUUAAACAAGUAUAUGAACUAUUAAUAUCAAUGAACCUUUGUUAAAGGUGAUCUAAAGGCCUGUGACAUAUUUUGUAUGUAGUGAGAUGGUCUCCCGAUUGACUCUUGCAGAUACUUUCAACUUCUGAAAUAUUUUCCAAAAGAGAACAUGAACUUUUUUGAAUUCCACGGUGCUCUGUCCAAAUUAGGCCUAGCAAUGAAGGAGAAGGAGUAUGAGAAAUUAUGGAACAGGUAAGAUAAGUGUGCAAUUAUACUGUAUCUUUAUUUCUCCUUCACUCUGGUUAUUACAGUGUUCCAAGACAGGAACAAUAAUCUACUCACCUGCAGAACAACCUCAGUCACUAGACUUGGUCAAAGCUACAACAAUUAAUGGAACACUAUAGUCACCAGAACAACUGUUUGAUUUUUUUAAGAGAAAAGGCAGUGUUAACAUUACAGCCUAGAGUUACCUCCACUGGCUACUAGAGGUGCUUCUUGGGUCAGUGCUGCAUGAAGACACUGAAGUUUCCUCAUAGAGAUGCAUAUGGUCUCAGGAGAUGCUAAUUGACCAGGGCUGUUUGGCUUGUGCUGGCUCUGCCUCUAAUCUGUCUUCUUGAUAGUCUCAGCUAAUCUAAUGCUUUCCUAUGGGAAAGCAUUGUGAUUGGCUGAGAUCACAGAGCCAGCAGCAGCAGGCUGGAAUGAAAGUAAGAUUUUUAUUAUAUUUAAGUGGGGGUAAGGGGGGGGGAGGGAGAUCAGACAGGUGGCUAGAUUGUGUUUUUAACACUAUAGGGUCAGGAAUACAUGUUUGUUUUCCUGACCCUAUAGUGUUCCUUUAAGUAGAAUCUAGAUGGAAUGUAUAAGGUCUCAUUCAUUUGUUUACUUUUACAUUUAAACGUUGCAAUAAGCCUUCCUGCUUCGGAAAAUAAGAGAAAACAAUUGAUAUGAAACAUGAGCACUGAAGCUUAAAUGUGUUUUAUCUCACCUGUUCCACUAAAGAAGGAACCUAUACAAUAAGCAUUUCAAAUGUAAGGGGAAUUCCAGAACUGAAAUACCAGAAAAGUCCCUUUGAUAGAGAAAUGCAGAAACCCCCCAAAAAUGUUUAAUCGGCUUCGUAUAUCCCAUUAGCGAGGUAUUCUAGACACCCUGUAGCUAUAGCAAUCUGGGACCUUUCUUCGCAUAAACACAAAUACUUUUCAACUUUCAGAAUUCUCUGCCUUAAUCUUGGCAUGGUGCCUUCAUAACUAACUAUAAAAUCUGAUCACAAACAAAUAUUUAAGUAGCAUGUGCUAUUUUUUUGUUUUUAACCAAAACUACGUUGUUUGAUUUAAUUGGUUUUUUUUUUCAAUGCUUUCUUUUUAUUGGUGCCUGUUCAUAAUAUUUUUUCCAGUCUCUUAAAUCAGAUUAAUUGGCUUAUCUUCUCCAGUCCUGUAUUGGAAUUCUCAGCAUCUGCCAACACGUCUAAGCCAUUGAUUUGUAUUUAGCUGUAUGUGAAUAGGGUCUCUGGAGAACUUCAAAUAGUUAUUUUCCUUUUAUUUACUAACAUAUUCAUCUCAAAGCUUGUGUAUGUUUCUAAGUGCUGUCGGUUUAAUGGCUUGCACAAUGUUAAUUAUAUUCAAUCCUGCCAAAGAAUCAAUAAAGUAUUUUCCCCUUUGAGCAUGUGUGAAAAGUCAGAACAAAAUAAACAUUAAGGGUGUAUUCAAUAAACAGAAUUCAAGUGUAUUAAAAAGAACAUUUGCACAAAAAUAAAAUUACAUUCAAAACUCACUGCUUAGCGGAUAGACCCCCCAAAAACCAUCAAUCUAUGGCUUUCUUUAAACCAAACGCACAGAAGUGAAAAUGCAUAAGUCACAUAAUUUCUUCUACAAUAAAUGACUUUCGUAAAUAUAUUUAUAGGCAUUAUCUAACAAAGUUUUUUUUUAAGAUACGUUGCCAAAAAGGAUGGGAUUCUACGAACUGAGGGUCUGUUCGGCCAUUUGGGAAUAGUGGAUAAUCAUCGCAGCUUAUUGCUGACAGCUCUGGAAAAAGUUUCAGCAACGCAUCAAAACAAUCAGCCAAGUGAGAAUGUGUUAACGUUGCUAUUGGAUUGUCAAAAAAACGGUUAAUAUAAUGACAACUGAACUUGUUCAAUAAACUCUGAAUUGUAACAAAUGGAACUCCAAAAAUCAUCAGAAUGUUGGCUAUAGUGACUAUAAUCAGCCUAAUUCUUGCCAUUAGGAACUCAAGUCAGUACAAAUCAAGAUGUAUAAAAAAAAAAAUAUAUAUAUAUAUAGUCAUGAACAUGAUAAUUGUCCUACAUAUUUUAAAGCACAACGUUAAUUAUAUUCAAUCCUGCCGUGUAAACAGAACAUGCUAAGUUAUGAAUGCAUUUUACAUCAGUAAAGAAUGAGCAUGCUAAGAGACACAUGCAUUUUAAAACAGUAAGCACAGAGCAUCCGAAGUGGGAAACGCAUUUUACAGCAAUGUACGCAGAAUAUGCUGAGUGACCCAUGCAUUUUCAAUUGUUAUACCCUGCACUUGCUAAAUAGCCCAUCCUUUGUGCAGAAUUCUUCCAUGAGUUUUAAAGAAAAACACACAGAAGAUGCUAGCUAGCCCAGCCAUUUCUGCAGGAAUAUACAAUGAAAAUUCAGAGUGCCCCAUGCUUUUCACAGAGGUACAUUCUGAGAUAACGUUUUACAGCUGUGCACACAUGUUUGAUGGUACAAUACAAGCUGUUCUUACAAUGCCUGCCCUUGUAUUGCACAGUGCACACUUUGUUCAAUGUUAUUGAACGUCUUUUAGUAUUUUUUUACAUAAUGCUAUAAAUGAUUAUUUUACUGAUGAAUGUGUUAUUGUUAUAUAUGCUGUGCACACAAUGUGAGCAGCAGGACAUGAGAUAAGGAAACGACUGCAUGACUGUGGAUUCGUUGUUCCUCUCUUUGGAGCUAAUUAUAAACUUGAAUCUGUUUGAUUUGCUUUUCAAAAUACAGAACCUUUCAAAGUUCCUUUGUCGAAACAAAAAACAGAAAGAAAAACAUUAUUAAAUGUAGAGAAAUGGCUGAAAGAAAAGUUCAGAGAGGGAGCUCGAGCCAUGAUGGACGAAUUCAUGGUGUACGAUCCCCAAAAGACGGGCAAGGUGAAUGGUUGGUGGAUGUUUGUGGGGUGUUGGGGGGAGGGGUCUGGUAAUAUCACCAGAAUCAUUACUAUAAAGGCUACAACUCUCAUAAUGCCCAGCUGGUCACAGAGAGUGUCCUAGAGAUUGCUAAUCAGUGGCUAAGCAUUUUUGGAGGUUGGGUCCACGUGAUUGCUAGGCUAGGCAUGGUUUAAGAUGGAUUGCAAAAAAAUUGUCAAUCAAUGGCUCAUAAUUAAAGGAAUUGGGGCAGGAGGUUGCAGAUCAGUUGUUAAGUGUGAGCGGGCCUGCAGUGUUGACUGAUUGCUCACUUAGUGUCUCAGCAUGAUGGCAGCUGAAAUACAAAAUAUCAUUAAUUAAUAGCUGAGCAUAAUGAGAACUUGGCAUGAUAUAUCCCUGAUUUAGGUAUUAGAUACAUGUCUGAUCUCUCUGUAAUGAAUUGAAUCAUUCCAUUAGUUGUAUUUAUGGUACAACCUGUAAUCAGUGCAGUCAUUAAUCGACAAAACAGAAUAAUUUUACCUGCCAGAUUCACAUUGUGUUAUCAGCUGUUUCUCUGGGUUACUCUUAUUUUCAGAAUUCCUUAGUAUUAAAAACAUUAAAUAAACUCUGUCCUUGGCCUAUCUGAUAUCCACCAAUAGGAAAAAUCUAACGUGAGCAGCAAGGAAGGUUAUCUGUUAAUAUUAUCUUCUGAUACUACAUAACACUGUAUCUGUUCCUUGUCUCGAGUUAUCAUGACCUGUAAUCGUUGCCAGCGACUCUUUCUCUUUCCACCGCUGGACUUUGCAUCUAAUAAGCUUUACACAAACUAACCUCAGUUUAUAAUACUCAAUUUACCUCUGUACAAGCUACUAGAGUUCACCAUAAUAAAUGAAAAGCAGACUAAUUAACACAAUUUAUUAUUAUAAUGACUCUAUGAAAAUGUUUUAUUAUUUGACAAGUUUCCUACAUUCCCAAGCAGUGAUAAAAACAUUAACUACAUUUGAAUAGCAGCAGUGGAUAAGCAAUACAUAUCUUUUUGUUUUGGAUACAGGAGAAGUAAAGGCCUACAUUCUACAAAAGUAUCUGCAUGUGCUCGCUCAUUCUCACCCUGAUUCCAUUAACUUUUAUCUCACCUUACAUCAGUGGUAAUGAGGUCUGAAGAUCUCACAUUGUAUUUGGGAGACAAUAUUAAUUUGAAGAAGAACGAAUCAAAGCAGGCCACAAAUGGAGCCUUGGUGGCACCAUGGACUUAAGUGCAUUCUACAAAUGUCUGUUGUGCUCAAGAGUACGAAACUUGAUCUUAGCCAAAGGUCUGAGAACCUUGAAAUAUAGAAAUUAAUCCAGUCACUCCUGAGUAUCCAAAGAAAAGGCAAUUUAUUCAACCCACGAUCCAAUAAACAAUGUUUCAACCCAAAGGUCUUUAUCAUGCUGAGAUAUAGAAAGUAAUCCAGGCACUCCGGAGUAUCCAAAGAAAAGGCAAUUUAUUCAACUCACGAUCCAAUAAACAACGUUUCAACCCAAAGGUCUUUAUCAUGCUGAGAUAAAGAAAGUAAUCCAGGCACUCCGGAAUAUCCAAAGAAAAGGCAAUUUUUUCAACUCACGAUCCAAUAAACAACGUUUCGACCCAAAGGUCUUUAUCAUGCUGAUAAAGACCUUCGGGUCGAAACGUUGUUUAUUGGAUCGUGGGUUGAAUAAAUUGCCUUUUCUUUGGAUACUCUGGAGUGCCUGGAUUACUUUCUAUAUCUCAGUUACAUAUUUGGUCUCCUGGUACUGAUCCGGUUAGCACCCAUGGAUACCCUAGAUGAAGGGUCUGAGUGCAGUUCCACAUUUUCUUUUCUCAAAGGUCUGAGAACUGACACUUGGGAGGAAAGUGUAAAAGAUAUAUAGAGCUCAAUGGCCAAUGUAAUAACAUACUAAAGUUAUUUUCACCUUUUAUUGUUUAUUACUAAAGGUGACAAGAGAAAAUUUUCUGGCUGUAAUGGAAACCUUUAAUCUACAUCUUACCGGAGAGAACCUUGACCGUUUUCUCUCCCGCUUCGGGCUCGAUGAAAGAUUGUCACAUGUUAACUACUUUGAGUUUGUUCAGCGCCUGCAGUCUAGGAGAUGGAAUGAAUUAUCUGGUGGAAGUUCUGUCACAGCUGGCAGUAGGUAAGUCACGUGCACCAUACAAACAAAAGGAUAGAGUUUAGAAGUAACCACAAUUUAUGGGUAGGUUUAAAAAGCGAAAUAUGUCUUCCCAGUAUUUUUAAUAUGAAGUUCACUUAUCCCUUAUAUAUAAUAAAUGUGUUUGUGAGGUCUGAAAAAAAAUUAAAGGGAUACUCUAGGCACCAUUGAUCUUCAUUGCCAUUAAGUUGUUCUGGUGCAAGGAGGUUCCAAAUGCCACUCUUGCCCAACAAGCAGAGAAAAGACAAUGAAAUGGCACCUGAGGUCUGAGGCAGAGUGAUUGGGCGCCAGGUUGAAUUUUUUUUAAUUAAAUCAUUAGGCGGUGACUGAGACCUAAACACACCAUAACAACUUAUUUCUGAUGAAGCUGAUAUGUUGUCUGGGGUAUUCCUUUUAAUUUAGAGAUUCUUAUCACAAUAUUUAAAACUAUCUUUGCAAUAGAGCACCUCCAUCCUUGGCUCUCUGUCAACCUUUGUUACAAACCCUGAUAUUUACUCUGCAUUCACUGUUUUAUAUUGUUUGUGUUUCAAAAAAUAAACAAGUUUCAAUAUGAAAUAUUUUUUUCCCUUUUCUCUUCUGGCUAAACCAGGUAAUAGGUGCAGCCAUUUGGACUAAUUUGUAUUGAAAUAUGUCAGGUAUGGAAGCAAAUGGUUUUCCCACAGAUCCUCCUGUUCCUCCAUCAAGUGUCCAUAAUGAAGCCUCAUGGACUUCAAUAGGAACACAUCUAAGGAAUGUGCUUGUUAACUGAGAGAGGAAUCAUGGGAAUAUAUGUUGAUUUGCAUGAAAUGCCAUGGCUGUGCCAUUUUUAAGGAAGUUGCGAAGUUAUAGUGAAUGUAUAGCAAUAGUAAAUAUACAAGCAUAAUAACACAAAUAUUACAUACAAUUGUUCCAAUCUAACAGCUCCACUUUAACCUGCAGUAGACGUCUGGCUUAUUAUGAGUAGUAAAAAUAAUAAAAUUCAGUCUCUAAUUUAAAUAGAAAUUACAGUGAUAAUCACCAGUCACUUUUUCAAAAUGUGCAUCUUUAUUAAACAGGUUGGUAAAGAGAAAAUCUUCAAGUGCGCUUACCACGACCAGUAUUAUGGAAGAGAAACUUAUCAAGCUGUUUCACACAGAUUUCAAUUCCCUUCGCAAUUCAUUCCGGUGCGUGAAUUCAUUGUUAUUUUGGCAUUCUCCAAUUUCAGUUGUGUUGAGUUUGAGAAUCAUUCUAACUAUUCCUAGUUUAAUUCAAAGACUGUAAUAGCAACUAAAGAAAAAUUCUCAAAUUUAAAUAAUUUUUGUGGUUUUUAUUUUAGUCUUACAUUCCAAGUUUGUUUGUCAGUUCAUCACAGUCCUCUGUUUGUUAUAUAAACCGAGAAUUGUGGUGAAUUAUUGGCGCUUUAUAAGUAAUAAUGAUCAUUUUCUGAGCGUGAUCAGGGCCAUUGGCUGAGAGUGAUAAGCUGACACUCUUAGCCAAUAAGCUAAGCCGUGCAUAGCAAGGCUUAGCUCUAGAAAGCUAAUGGAAGUUUCUGCUAAGACUCUGUCAGAUCUCCAGCGAUAAAAGCGGAGGCAAGGAGCAUUGCAAGAGGACUACAUGUAGGAAGUCAAAUUGUAAAAAAAAAUCAGAUUGACUACUUAUAACGGGAGGGGGGCACUAGGGCGCUCCUGGCACUACAACCACUACAUAUAGCUGUAGUGCUUAUGGUGCUUGGAGUUUUCCUUUAACCCCUUAAGGACCAAACUUCUGGAAUAAUAGGGAAUCAUGACAUGUCACACAUGUCAUGUGUCCUUAAGGGGUUAAACUAUUAAUAAGGCUGAAAUGAAGCAGAGUACAUUAACUAUGUCUUAGUGGAGUCUAUGUAAGUUCUAGAAUAAUAAUGUGGUUUAAAGGAACACUAUAGCUGUUAAACCAGUACAGCUCAUUGGAGUAGUUAUGGUGCAAAGAGUUUUUGAGUUUCUCCCCACUAUUUUUUUUAUCAAGUUGUUUGACACUAACCGGGGCUAUACCAGAACCCAAAAUCCAUCCCCAUGCCAACCACUCAGAUAAUACCAUAUUAUACAUAGAACUUGGACAGCACUGAUAGAAUAUGAGUGCUGGCAUGCAGGUUAGUUCAGUUCUCACAGCCUACAACUGCCAUCCAAGUUGAAAUGGAGUAUUAUAAGUAAAUAUCCUUCACACAUUGUCACAGCAGUAGUAGGGCAGCCAGAAUCUGAGCAUCAGGGAAAGACUUUGUAAAAGUCACCUUCACCAUACUCGAUUGUGGAUUCUAGCCCUAGACUAGAUAUAACAGUCAGGUUCAGCUGUUAAUACAUAUAAAAAUAUAUUUAAGUCUCAUUUUGCUCUGACAAUUUUCUAGUAAGUCAAUGAAAAUUGAAUUCAAUUUAAUUUAACCGCUAUAACUCUGCACCCAUAAUAUGGACUCUUUCUCAGUUUACUGUUCUAUAACAUUUCUAUAGCAUUUCCUGAGCUUACAGAUAAGUGAUCAUACUUAAAUAACAUGAAUAUUAAUUUUUUUCUAGGAGAGCGGAUACAAAACAAAUAAACAUAAUAAGCCAACAAGACUUCAAAGCGAUCCUCGAAACGAGGUAAUUCUAAAGCAUAUCUCAUCUGCAAUGCUUGUCUUCCUUCGAGAUAUAAAAAGACUUUAAUGUAUUUCUGCCAUAAAUAAAAUUUCAACCAGAUAAACAUUUAUGUCUGUAUGCCAUAAACUGUUCCUUAUGUACCCAUGAUGUAGAUAUUCAUCUAAAUGAUCCGUUUUCUGAAGGGCGUGAGCUGUAAAAGAUAAUACUAAAUCACAUGUAUUGGGUUAGCAAACCAAUAAUAUGUGUACUUUAAUCAGCUUUCUUUGUUUGUAAAAGGUACGCCAUCAAAUUAACCGAUGAUGAGUUCAUGAGAUUGCUGGAAAAAUUACCUACAGAUGGUUAUGGAGGCAUCCGAUAUUUGGAUUUUAUAGCCAGAUUCGAUAGCAGGUAAAUACAUUUUCCAAUGAUCCCUCCUUGUGUUGCAACCUAUAGGGUAAGCGAGUAACUAUUAAUAUCUGUACUUACCAACCUUUCAGCUGCUUUAGUCUUUCACCAUGAAACAGACCCUGUGCAUGAGCAGUUGCUACUUUACAUGGCAAUUGCACAAAAAUAUGUAAUUUUGGGCAUUCAUGCAACCGGACAUAGGUAAUCUUGAUAAUUCCCAUGAGUAUUGUCCAUUUCCCACACCCGAGCUAUUCAGUGUACUGUGUACAGCAUAAAUAUUUAGAUCAUCCAAAUCAGUUUGUCUUGGAAAAAAAAAAUUGGUUUGUAAUGUUUUGGUCGAUUUUGUGAUACGUCCAUGUGGCGUGUCGAGCUGGACAAAUUUGCACCCAUGCAAUCGUUUCAGGAAAAACUAAACAGAGAAAUUUGGCUUUCGUAUAUGGAUGGACUGACAGCAAAUCAAUUUAGAUACAGUUUAGAAGAGCUUUAUUGGAAAUGGACACCAAAAGAAUAUUUAGUUGAGCAUUAACGGAAUUGUGGUUCAAUGCAAUCUGAAAUUGCAUUGUGUUGCAUCAUCCUGCCCUAGUGAUACACACAACAGAUGUUUUCAGCGUAGGCUAUUUUCGACAAGUACAUUUGCUAGAGAAAAAAAAGAGAUGGAACGUUGUUGACAACUAAAUUAAGCAAUGCAAUAUAGAAAAUAUAAUGCAAACCAAUAAAUUAGAUGUAUUUGGAAAUAAUGGGCAAAGCAUUUCAGUAGCUUCAUAGCUGCCAGUCUAUAAGGAAGACUUGCCACAUACUGACAUCUAGAGCUGACCAUGAGAAUUGCAUAUACAAUAUGAUCAUAUCUUAUCUACUUUAUUUUAUAUUAUGAAGAUAAUUGGAAUGUGAAAGAAAAUCCAAUUAACCGAAUUCCCAAAUGAAGCUCCAAUACUCAUUAUCCAAAUGUCCUUAUUUAUAGGCAAAUUAAAGUUAAACAUGUGCUAUGAUGUAGGUUACUGGCUACCAACUACCCACUGCCAAAUGUCUAUGACUCAAUUAAGUCUAUGUGCUAGUUUUUGGUGAAAACAUCUUUGGCAUGCCCUUUGAUUUUUCAUGCCAUCCUCUCCAUCAUGCAUUUCUCAAUAGCUGUCCGAUGAGGGCCUCCCUUGGUUCGGCCGCCUCCCAAGUUGCCAAGUCUCCGUCCGGGCCGGUCCCAGCCCAGCACCUGAGUCCUCCGCUGCGCUGUGGGCACUAGGGGGUUGAAGCAGACCACUCGACCCCCACACCUAGAGUCUGUGGGCCACCCACACCCUGCACCUCCCCAUCGCCACCUCAGACCCAGUAAAGCUUGUGUCCUGGUGUCUCUCCUGGUGCCAGCCACAUACUUAGGGCCGGUGCGCACCGCUGGUCCGCCGGAAGGACUGCGCUGUCCCGCCCCACCGGGCUCGCGGCAGCAGGGACAUAACUCUCUGGGGACCCCACAGACCCAGAGGCUAGGGCACUCACUUUUCCUGCUGGCCGGUAUUCAUCGCAGGGGGGUCCAUCGGGCGCCCUGCAACACCAGGUUUCGCUCGGGCCUUCCAGGUCGGCUCCCCAUGGUGAGUAAUCUUCAAAGGGCCCCUUGCUCUGACCUUUCAGAAACAUCUCAGUCCCUGUCGGGGUGCCCUCUCAUAUGUAGGUUUCCUCUCCCCAGUUUCAGUGUUCUUUUCAGCUGGCUGGCUGGGCAGUACUCGGCCAUUGCCAGUUUAGGCGGUCGGCACAGAGUCCGUGCGGGGGCUCCCACUGCGGCCCAUGUCGCCACCAUGUGGCCAGGAUAACCCCCGCCGGCCAAGAGGUGCGAUGCUGCUGGUAUCGGACGCCGAUGUUCAGGAGCUGCGUGUAGGCCGGGCUCGGUUCUCUCUGCCUGCUCUCAAGCAGUAAGGUACGUGCGGGUGACAGGCGUGUACCGGAGCCUCUCUUCUGUUGGGGACGAUGUGGAUUUUAAUCAGUCUGGGGCCGUGUGAAGGGCUGUUUCUGGAGGUUUAAUGCCGGAGCCCAUGUAGAUGGCGGCCAGUCGGCCCUGCGGCCCGGCCCCGCCCCCCUCGAUCUAAUAUUUUUGGAUACGUUUUUCAAAUGAUUUAUUUUCAAAAUAUUUACAUAUCAAAAAUAUAACAUAUAUAUGUAUAUAUAUAUAUAUAUAUAUAUAUAUAUAAAAAUAGAUCAAAAUAUCAAUAUAUUAAAUAAUUUUAAAAGUGUAUCGAAAAAUAUUAAAUUGAUGCCUAAGUAACUAUUUACAAUGUGUAUUCUGUAUUAUCCUCGCAGCUUGACAUUCUAGCCAUUAGACUCAACAUAGACUUUGUUCUUCAUUACAAAAAAAAGGACAGUUUAACAAUGGAAAUCACAUCAUAACUUGUCUCAACCAAGUCUGUGAACCACACAGACAUUGCGCCAUCGUUAUCUUAUCACUAUUUUAUGAGCUGAGCACUUUGGAUUUUGUUUUUAAACCUAUAUGUGAUAUAAUAAAGUGAUUAGAUUUUAUAAACGCGUCUGGCUCAGAUUAACACUAUGGAACACUGCUUACAGGCCAUGAGUGUAACAAGUGAAAUGCCGUACUGCUUGCUGCUUUUCCUGAUUGAACAUUAUGUUAUUUUGGUGUGAUUCAGUGAUGACAGUUUGAGCCUUUAUGAUGGGUCCAGAAGCGUUGUAACCGAGUAUAGCAGAAGGUUGAAUUCCGGGAGUGCUUUGCCAAAAGCAAGAAGCCUAGAGCAGGUAAUGGACUUAAUUAAUUAAUUUCUGACAUUUGAAUUAAAUAAUCAUAGCCAAAAUUAUAAUUUUCCAGUAUUUCAUCUCUUCCAGCUUGCUGCAAUUAUUAAGAAUUUAGUAAGGAACCACUAUAGCUCCCUAGAGCUGGCCUACAACCAGGUGGACUCUAUGAAUACAAGAAGACUCACAGUGGAAAGCUUGUAUCAGCUCUUGAAAAGGUUUGAGCCAGCAAGAGUGUCUGUCAAUGUAUUUUCUAGAAAAAAUGAAAAAAAAUUAGGGACUGCAGUCAAUUAUUUAGCCACGGGGUGCAACUGAGUACGGGUCAGCAUACCUCAUAAAUAUAGUACAAAACACAAGAAUCUCAGGCACUUACUGUGACAGGAACCAAGCAGAUUUAUUGGAUCAAAAAGAAAGCCACAACAUUUCAACCUGUACCCAGUUCAUUAUCAAGCGUGAUAAAGACCUGGGUACAGGUCGAAACGUUGGGAUUCUUGUGUAAUUCUUGUGAUAAUGCAUUUUUGUGAUUUUUGUCUAAUGCAUUUUCUAGAGACACUCAACGUUUGAGCAUCUAUUAGCUUCUGUUCUGCAUGUGCUUUAAUUCAGGGCCAACUAGAUGAAAAAGGCGAUAAAAAGAGGUUUUAUCAACCCAGCAGCUAUAGUAAAAGCGCCAGAACAGGAGUGCAUGGACGUUCAAGCUAGCCUAAGUUGUUGAUGUAACAAUACAGCUGUCUAAAACAGCAAUUUAUAGCCCUUGGUAUGUUUUAAAAGUAGUGCCAACUGUACGGCAGAUACUAUGACAGCAAAGGUCAGGGCUGCAACAAAGGUUUGUAAAUGGUGCAACAGUCCUAGAAGACACCCCAGGAGGUUCAGAUCGAUAGUCAAUAAACCUACCAAGAAAUCAAUAAAAUGGAAUUCAGUAUAAGGAAUAAGGACGCAUCGUGCAAAGCUCCGUGCCAACACAAGCAAAUUAACCGAUCUACCAGCGGAGAUUGGGCAUCUACUCACCCCACACCUUACCCACUGGCGGGAGAAGCAAAAAUGGGCAAGAAAAACAAAAAACUAAGGCCAGACAAGCCCCCUUUCAGCCACGAUAUUGGCGAACUCCUGAGGAACUCGCAGAAGGCCGCAUGGGAGAAAAUGGCGCUGGGGGAAGCAGGGUACUCUGACUCCUCAGAAGAUUUUUAUCCGGACCUGGGGGAAGGUGCAACUGCAACCCAAUCCAAGGGGCACACGACCAAAGCACCCCCAGCAGGAGAACCGGCCACUGCAGCCCUCCUAACAAAAAUGUUUGGAGAACUCAGACAAGACCUAGCUGCCGACAGAGCAGCCUUCAAAGAGGCCAUGGAAAGGGCCAACACGCGGCUUACCUCUCUGGAGACCAACGCCACUGCCCACGGCAGCCGACUCACCACUCUGGAAUGGAGAAUGUCAGAACUCCACAAACUACAACAAGACACAGCAGACAAAGUGGAGGCCUUAGAAGACCACAGGCGGAAAAAAUAACUUAAAAAUCAGAGGGAUACCUGAUACCAUUGGGAAUGCCGACAUCCCACAUUACGUGCGGCGCCUCUUGGCAACGUUGCUGCAACCCAAACAAGCUAAACAGUUGAAACUAGACGGAAUGUUCCGCCUACCCAAACCGGCAAAAGCACCCUCCAAUGCCUCAGCUGACCUCAUCGUGAAGUUCCAAACCCACCAAGAUAAAGCCACUGUCCUGGCAGCUUGCAGGGGGAAAACCCCACUACUGUUUGAAGAUUCUCAUCUACAGAUAUUCCCAGAUCUAACUAAAAGCACACUCAGCUGGCGAAAGGGGCUACAACCGAGCCUGCAACACCUAAGAACACAGGACAUCCAGUACCGCUGGGGUACACCGAGGCUCGUGACAUUCACCUUUCAAGGGUCCGCAUACCGGGCAAGAAACCUACAGGAGCUGGACUCUCACCUGACACAAUUGGGCCUGAAAACGCCGCAAGCCAAAUCCACGACCGCUCUGACCAUGCUGGACCACACCACAGUAAGGGAGUUUGUGCCCAGAUCAUCCCGGUGCGCCAACCCAGCAGGCGGCACAACAUGAGGGAGAAACACAGGCAGGUAGAAACUUGGACCUAUAGGAUGCCACAGACCCCGCCGACACACUCAGUGACUAUGUAUAUUAUGCCUAAACUUGUCAUUUGUUUGAAAGACAUUAUGCCAGCGUUUAAAUUUUAGCUCUCACAUAUUUUUCUUUUUUUUUUUUAUAUAUAUAUAUAUAUAUUUUUUCUUUCUUUUACUCUUUUACUUACGUAUUUUUUUUUUUUAAAUAUAUUUUUGUGCGAUUGCUUGUCUGUUGUCCGAUAUGGGGUGACCACCUGGCCUCAACCAUACCAGAAAGUACCACAGUAACACCCCAUUCACAAACUCCCUUUCCCACAUUAAAAUCAGAUGUAGAAGGGCACACACAGAACGAUGCCCAUAUCUAGAAACGUCCAACGAAAACACUGGUGCAGGCACCCCCUCCCCAUCCACCCCCCCCUAGAUUGUAAAGUUAAGCUACUCCAGUGAAUCCAUAGAGGGGGCCACCCCUGAUCCCCAGAACGCCUCAACUCAUAGACCCUCUUUUAAGUAAAUCACAUACAGGUUUCAAGGGGUCAUACUGAUGUUUUAACACUUUGUUGACUUACAUGCUCCUGUUUUAAAAAACAAAAACCCACUCAGCGGGACACCGUGUCUCAGCCAGUGAAAUGCUUUUGUUAUUACAUGUGACCGUUAUGGGCAACAGCCCACAUAUUGUAUUGUUCUUUUCUUUAUUGCCUGCUGAGUGAACAAAAUAAAGAAUUUAAAAAAUAUAAGGAAUAAGAUAACAGAUAUUAACAAGUAGCUGAAAAAAGUGGAAUUCAGUAUAAGCAAAUAGAUAACGUAGUUAUUAACAAGUAGUUGAAUAAAGUGGAAUUCAAUAUAAGGAAUAAGAUAACGUAGAUAUUAACAAGUAGUUGAAUAAAGUGGAAUUCAAUAUAAGGAAUAAGAUAACGUAGAUAUUAACAAGUAGCUGAAUAAAAUGGAAUUCAAUAUAAGGAAUAAGAUAACGUAGAUAUUAACAAGUAGCUGAAUAAAAUGGAAUUCAAUACGAGGAAUACGAUAAUGUAGAUAUUAACAAAUAGCUGAAUAAUAAUCAAACUGAUGAUUGUCCUUUGCGGACAUUAUGCUCAAACAGAAUGAUGCAUGCGUUCAUGUCACCAUUUUGACACAGUUUGCUUUUGGGACAUGCAUGUUUAUCUAUAUGUAAUAGCUGACAAGUUUUUAAAUACACCUAUAAUUCACUAAAGUGAUUUGUUUUGGAACUUUUAUGAAAUAUUAGGUUAAAAAACCCUGAACGUUUUAGGACCCAGCUUUGAAAUCAAUAUUGAAAAGUACUUUUUUUCUAGCUUAUAUCACAAACGUGUUUAACAUAACAGUAUUAAUGCUACUAAUAUUAAUAUCUAUUUUAUAUAUAUUAAUGCUAAUAAUAUUAAUUAAUGAUGAUAAUAUUAAUGAAAAGAUUUCAUAGGGCAGGAAUAAGGAGAUAUAGUAUUAACGAUGUAAGGGUAAUUAGCAUAUGUCAUAGUAUUGCAAUUAGCAACAAACUUUAAGCUAACAAAUUCAAAAACAUUGAUAUAAAAAUACCUGUUUAAAACUACAAAGGGGAUAUAAAAAAAAAUCUAUUAAAAAAGACAGUUUUUUUCAACUGUUUUAGGGUUAUUUACUGAAUUGAGAUUACAAAGUUAAUUUCAAAUGUAAAUGGUUACUCCACGCACUAUGACCACUUCAGUGAUUUGAAGUGGCCAUGGUGCCUGGAGAUGGUAUGUGCAGCCUUUAGCUAUGAAACACUGCACAUUGAGGGUUUAACUCCAGUUAUAGCUGCGUCACUGGGACAUCAUUUGUCAGACUGGAAUGGCUAAUGUCAAUUCUGUGCAUAUUUGUAUGCACAGAGUUGGAUUCAUUGGCCGAGUGCAGUCAGCUGACACUCUCAGCCAAUGAAUGGCCGGCAGGGAACUGCAUCUGGAUUCUGCAGCUCUACAGAAGCUGGACACACAAUAUCGGCCAUGUAGGACUCUCACAGCACGGCGUAUUUCCAGGUAACAGAGCAAACCGAGCAGUUAUUAGAAUGCUUGCAGUAACCAUUUAAAGUCAAAGUAGUCGAACUGGAAAAAUUCUCUAAUUUAUGCAUCUGGAUUAGCUAUUGUGGCUUUAAAUGGUAAAUUUUGUUGUGAAAAAAUAGUUGAAGAACUUUUUCAGUUUGGCUAUUUUUGACUUAUAAUUUUCAGCUGUCUAGACAGGGCUCCUUAAGUAUCUGUUAUCUUAUCAAAAGUAUGAUCUUCUUUGGAACCUGUUAUUUUGUGAGCUAUAUACCUGUUAGGUAUCAAAGGGUUAAAUGAUUACACAUCCGUUGUAAACAGUGUGAUCAGAUGUUUUCUAGAAUGUUGUUUCCUGUCAUUUUGUAGAUGCGAGAUCCGAACGCAGAUUUCUAGAGAAGAAAUUGGAAAGAUUUGGGAUACUUUGAUUCUUAAUCAAGAUUGCACAGUUGAAUUUUUUCAAUUCAUUCGUCAUUUUGGUUUUUCGCCCAAUUCCUCCUGCUUCCCAAACGCCAACAUUUCUCCUCCAGUGAGAGGUGAUGGAGAUUGCCUGAUACGGUCCAAUAAACUGAAUUCUGACACCAAAAUAAUUGCAAACAUGCUCCAGUCAAAGGUAUUUAUGCUUCAUGGUAACUGGAUGCUGUCCAGUAUUGGAAAUUAUUAUUAAUAAUUAUAUUAAUGAAAUAUAAAUAUAAAAAACUGUCAAAAAAAUGUACGAAAUGGCUCACUGUUAGAAUUAUCCCUCGGGUUACCCCCCACUCAGGAGUUUCACAUUUACCAAUUCCUGUUUGGAUAAAUGGAAAACUACAACAGAAAGUAUAAAUUCAAGGGAUGUUUGAGAACAGUGUAUUAUUUUCAUAAUUUAUUAAUUGUCUGGACAGAGACAGAUGUAAUUGAAAGCCCCAAACGACUUGAUCAACACUGGUUGAGGAUGAUAGAAGUUAGAGAAUGUGAUUGGUGGAUGGAGUGUGCUGUUCUAUCUUGGGACUAUAUCCAUCAUAUAAACUAAGUCGUGAUGAGUUCCAUGACAAAGCUGACCUGGGGAAACCUCUAAAUCUACUCUCAUUACAAAGUGAGCCUUGCGUGUGGUGAAAUUAACAGAUACUGUGAAUACAAGCACACAAGAUUAAGCCAUAAGCCUAAACCACUGGACAGCAGCAAUGGCUACAGUAUUUAUCAGCCCAAAUAAAUACAACAGAAACCAAAAAUAAUUACCUACACUCCCUCCCAAAUCUCUAUGCACAUGGAGGUUUUUUAGUAUCACUCCCGUGGUCAUUUGAGUGUAAGCUCACCUGCCAAAUCAAAGCAAAAUCUCUCAGGUGAGUCCUACACUAACAAUUCACCCUGCGUUUAGCUAAAAGGCAAAAUCUCUAAUGAGAUAGAGAAAGGUAUUUUUAUGAACCCCUAAACACUUAUUAACUCUUAAUAGGGUAAAUAGGGGUUGGGUGGCAAAACUGUAACAUAGUUUUGUAAUAUAAAAACAAAUACAUAAAAUGGAACAUUGCUCUCAAAGGGACCCCUAAAGGAUUUUAUCUUUCUGAAAUGCUUUCUGAGAAGAGUGUGUCCUCUUUCCAUUUUACAAAAAGUGCAAAUUUUAAUAGAAAUCAACACUUUUAAAAAUGAACCUUGUUACACUCCCAUGGCUGUCAAUCAGACAACCAGUCCUGUUACUUCCUGGUUGAUUAGCUCAGUGGAACUAAGCUCAAGAGGCAGCAAGUGUUCAGAGCACCUGUCUUGUAAAGACUUCUCAUUGAGCUGCAUUGUUACGUCUGUGGUUGGACAACACAGAAAGCCUGGGAAGGUUUAGAAGAGAAGGUCUGUAAAGGCAGCAGACAAGAGAACUGCAGCUUUUGCAAACUGUUUUUAGAUAUAACUCCAAUGAAGAUAUACAUAAUUAAAUGCAGGUACGUUUUUCAUUUGGGGUAUAUCUACCAAACCAUGAUUUUUGUGUUUGUUUGAAGUGUCCCUUCAAACUCUCUCUGUUACUGGGCAGCAGCAAUGGCUGCAGUAUUCAUCAGCCCAAAAAACAUAAAACAGACACCAAAAAGAGUUACCUCCACUCUGUCGCAAAUCCCUAUUCAGAUUUAAAUAACUAGUUGGACCAGUCUCGUCCGCAAAGCCCCUACAGUUCCUUCUUUAAUUAUGGGGUUAAAAAGUAUGUGCACUUCCACUUUUGUCCACAAGAUGGCAUUAUAGAUAAGGCUUGUGAUCCUUAACCUAGUGUGAUGGGGACCUAAAUUAGGUACAUGGCAUUAACUUGGCACCCAUAUCUACAACUGCAUUUAUUGAAAGACAGCUUCUUUAAGUGUGUUAUCAUAAAGGCUAUGUAUGACCAGAUAGACUACAAAUAUAAUAACUUCCAUGUAAUAUACAAACUGAUCAGCUACAACAUUAAAAUCCCUGACAAGUGAAGUGAAUAACAUUGAUUAUAUUGUUGCAAUAGCACUUGUCAAGUGGUGGGAUAGAUUAGGCAGCAAGUGAACAGUCAGUUCUUGAAUUUCGUGUGUUGGAAGCAGGAAAAAUGGGCAAGUGAAAAGAUUUGAGUGACUUUGACAAGGUCCAAACAGUGAUGGCUAGACGACUGGGUGAGAGCAUCUCCAAAACGGCAAGUCUUGUGGGGUGUUCCUGGUAUGCAGUAGUUAGUACCUACAAAAAGUGGUGCAAGGAAGGACAACUUGUAAACCAGCGUCUGGGUCCAACACCAAAACUGCCUUCAAUGUUGACUUGAGUGUGUCAGAACUAGACCAUGGAGCAAUAGAAGAAGGUUGCCUGGUGGGAAGAAUCACAUUUCCUUUUAGAUCAGAUGUAUCACGGUUAGGCUAGUUUUCAGCCAAGCUGUAGUCUCGGGCUCCGUGAAGGACUUUUAGCAGGAGAGGUCAAAAUUAUCCCGCAAGAUGUCAGCAAGUGGAAUCCUUCGGCUGGGACAACAUAGGUGUAAUCUUCCUGUUUCUCAACACAAGUAGCUUUGCAGGUAAUCUCCAUCGGUACCACACAUGAUAAUCUUCUGUAAUCUUCUUGGAAUCAUUGCAUUUUCUCAUAGUGUCCGGUGAUAAAUCCGUAUAAACAGCCACAUCUUAGUACGUGUCCGGUAAGUCUCUUUUGGCCCUGCUAGAUCAUAGGAUUGUUUAUUUAUAUGGUAAUAGUAAAUGUUCAUCAGCACAUCUCUGAGUACUGCCUGAGGUAGGUAGGUUGGUUUUGCAACCCUGUUUGCCCAAUCGACCAGUAACACGUCAGCUGGGAUAUUUGAUGCCAAGACCUGAAAUAGACCAUGUAGAUAUGGAUGUGGUUGAUACUUCUUCAGGGAAGCCUCUCAAGAAUAUAUUUUGUCUUCUGGACCUAUCCUCAAGAUCGAUCAAUUUGUUUUAGAUUUUCUCAAUUUGGGCUUCCAUUUGUUCUACUCAAUCUGCCAAAGGGUUGUGGGCUUCUGUGAAGUUCUCCAUUUUGGAUUCUGGAUGCGCAGUGUGGGAUUCUAUAUCUUGUAUGUCUUUCCACAUCUCUCCCAUUGCUGCUUGGAGUGUCACUUGUAUUUUAUUGGACAGUAUCCAUGAGGACAUGUAGGAUAGAUUGAGUGAUCGACUGCUCAUCGAGAGUUGUCUGGCUGAUCGCUAACUCUUGUUCCCUGUUAUCUUUGGCACCAUCUUGGGUAGCAUGCUUGUUUUGCACCUGGCAAACUGCAAAGAAAGCAUUUUUUCUUUGCUGUCUGCCUUUUUCUUUGCCCUAUGAAGUGCCAUGUUAGAUUGGCUGAUUUUGGGUCAAGUUUUAAUAUUUCAUGCUUGGUAAAGUUGCUUUUUGAGUAUUUCAUGGUGGUGUUCCUCCACUACAGCACCAUCCAGUUUGAAACCCGAUCACACCUUCUUUUAGAUCAUGUGAAUGGCCGAGUGCGUGUGCGUCACUUACCUAGGGAAGAGAUGGCAGCAGGAUGCACUAUGGCAAGAAGGCCAGCUGGUGGAGGCAGUGUAAUGCUGUGGGCAAUGUUCUGCUGGGAAACCUUGAGUCCUGGCAUGUGGAUGUUAUCUGGAUGUGUACCAUCUACAUAGAGAUUGUUGUAGACCAUGUAGCCCUCCAUGGUAAUGGUGUUCCCUAAUGGCAGUGGCCUCUCAGGAUAAUGCACCCUGUCACACCACAGAAAUUGUUGAGAAAUUGUUUGAUGAACAUGACAAAUGUUUUCAAGGUGUUGCCUUGGCCUCCAAAUACUCCAGAUCUCACUUCAAUUAAGCUUUUGCAGGAUGUACUGGGACAACAAAUCUAAUCAAUGGGGGUGCCACAUGGCAACUUGCAGAACUUAAAGGAUCUGCUACUAAUGUCUUGGUGCCAGAUUCCACAGGACACAUUCAGAGGUCUUGUGGAGUCCAUGCCUCGAUGCAUUACAGUUGUUUUGUCAGUACUAGGGAUACCUAAAGGAUAUCAGGCAGGGGGUUUUAAUGUUGUGGCUGGUCAAUGUAAAUAUAAUGUGCCUUUUCCAACCAAUGUAGCCUACAGCUGUAGGAUACAUUUCACUUUCACAUUUUUCAUGCAGAAUCUUACAGAAUCUUGCAGAAAAUGAAAAAUAGUCUAUAAAUUGUGUUUGAAUUUAAUAGAAAUUCAGCAUAAUCAAUAUAUUGCAAAUUGUAUUCCGCAGGUUAUUAGUUGACACUUGCGAUGUCAUUAGCCCUGUCAAUGUCACUGGUGCAGAUUUUUUCCAGUGAAAUUCAGUUAAUGUCAUCCUUUCACUCAACAAACACCUCAAAAUUAGCAUUUUUUAGAGUAUGGGUCAGCAACCUAUGGCACGUGUGCCGAUCAUGACACUCAAGGUUACCAAAGAAAUAUCUGCUUGUGCAAACGAACGGUGAUUACACAUUUUUGAGGGACAAUCCUCAAUUUACGCAUCACAGCACUUAGAGCAGGGCCGGUGCAAAGAAUUUUGGGUAGAUGCAUUUUUCCGCCCCCACAAAAACAUAUUCGCCCAUGUGCCUCUUAACCUCCCUUUUGUGUUUCUUAUCCCGUCAUUUAAAUAUCGGACUCCCUUUAGUGUAUUUUAUCUCCUAUUUUUGCCUUUGUGUGACUCUUACAUCCUCACACAUUUUGUGUCUUACUCCUCCCAGCCCCUUUGUGUGACUCCUUUUCUCCCAGCCCCUUUGUGUCUUUUAUUCUUCCCAGCUCCUUUGUGUGUCUCUUUCAUUCUCAAGCCCCGCUGUGUGUUUCUUUUACAUCCAGCCCCUCUCCCUGUCCCAUAAUGGUCCCCUCCCUUCUCUGACCCUUAGUGUUCCUCUCCCCUCUCUCCUCCUUUCCCUGUUCCUCAGUGUUCCUUUCCCUUCCCCCCUCCUUUCCCUGUCCCAUUGUGUUCCUCUCCCCUCCCCCCUCUGUUCCCUGUCACUUAGUGUUCCUCUCCCUCCCUCCCUCCUUUUCCUGUACCUUAGGGUAUCUCUCCCCUCCUCUCCCUGUCCCUUGGUGCACCACCCACCCCCAUAGUGGUCCCCUCCCCUUCCUGAUGUGCCUCCUACCUUUCUUGUAGCGUGGCUGAGCGGAGCGAAUCCUGGUACAGUGAGCUUUUCCUGUCAGUCCUGCUAGGAACAGGAAACAGAAGUUCCUGUACCACGGUACACUCCGCUUGGCCACGCUACAGUCAGGGGUGUAGAAACACUGACAGUCACACACUCAAUGACAAACACACAGACAUCUCUGACAGCCAGACUCACUUAUCUGACACACUCAUUCAUUGACAGACACUCACACGCACACUGACAGACACACAAACACUGACAGACUCAUUGACAAAAACACACUGACACACACACACACUCACAUGCACACACGCACAUACUGACAGACACACUAACUCACACACACACACUGACAGAACCACACACACCUAUUCACAUGCGCACACACACACACACACAGAUAGACACACUCACUCACACACACACACUGAUAGACACACUUACUCACUCACACACACACUGACAGACACACAUACUCACAUGCACACACACACACACUGACAGAUACACUCACUCACUCACACUGACAGACACACAUACUUACAUGCACACACACACACUGACAGACACACUCACUCACACACACACACACACUGACAGACACACACUCACACACACACACACUGACAGACACACUCACUCACUCACACACUGACAGACACACACUCACACACACACACAGACAGACACACUCACUCACUCACACACACACUGACAGACACACUCACUCAUUCACACACACACUGACAGACACACUCACUCACUCACACACUGACAGACACACAUACUCACAUGCACACACACACAGACACACAUACUCACAGUAAUUAAUAAUCUAAAUUAAAGGACCACUAUAGUGCCAGGAAAACAUACUCGUUUUCCUGGCACUAUAGUGCCCUGAGGGUGCCCCCACCCUCAGGGUCCCCCUCCCGCCCAGCUCUGGAAAGGGGAAAAGGGAUUAAACUUACCUUUUUCCAGCGCUGGGCGGAGAGCUCUCCUCCUCCGAUCCUCCUCUUCUCCUCCCCGUCGGCUGAAUGCGCACGCGCGGCAAGAGCUGCGUGCGCAUUCAGCCGGUCACAUAGGAAAGCAUUCAUAAUGCUUUCCUAUGGACGCUUGCGUGCUCUCACUGUGAAAAUCACAGUGAGAAGCACGCAUGCGCCUCUAGCGGCUGUCAAUGAGACAGCCACAUGAGGAAAUAGGGGAAGGCUUAACCCAUUCAUAAACAUAGCAGUUUCUCUGAAACUGCUAUGUUUAUAAAAAAAAAUGGGUUAACCCUAGCUGGACCAGGCACCCAGACCACUUCAUUAAGCUGAAGUGGUCUGGGUGCCUAGAGUGGUCCUUUAAAUAAAAAUGUCCCACCCAGCCUCCCUACCUGGAGAGCUGGCGUGGGUCUCUCAUUGGUGGUCCAGUGGGGCUGCUGGGAGGCGUGCGGCUGAAUUGGAUUCCGGGGUGGCGAGGGAGCUCUGAUCUCUCUGAUCUGCUCCCUCGCAGGCUGUUUACUGAUGACGUCAUAUUCCGGCUCCCGCGGCAUCUGUAAACAGCCUGCGGGGGAGCAAAUCAGAGAGAUCAGAGCUCCUUCUCCACCUCGGAAUCCAAUUCAUCCGCACGCCGCGCCGGGGAUCCAGAAGGUGACCUGGCAAGAGGAGCACUUCCCUCCUGCCGGUCACUGGAAUUUUGCGCCCCCAGAGCCGGUGCACCCUAAGGCGGCCGCCUGUGCCGCCUUAUGGACGCGCUGGCCCUGACUUAGAGGAAGUGAUCUCAGAAUUCUUCAUCUUGGAACUUGUGAACAGAAAUCUGCACUAGAGUAGAGCAGACUGCAGCAACUAUCACAGCUCCUGCCCUUGAUCUGUAUCUGGUCAACCUGGUCCUCAAUGGACCCCAGAGAAGCCAUCCACACUGCUAGAUAUAAAGAGAGCUGCAAAAGAAGUAAAUAAUAGAAACAGCCCACAAACAAACACACACACAGUCCCCACAAACACAACACUCCUGACAAUCCACAUACACGCACACAACCCCACAAGCAGCCUCUCAUAUGCAGUACCACAAACAUCCCAGCACAUACACACAGCACCUAACACACAAUGUGACAUAUCAUUCACACACCUUAUUCUACAAGCAGCCCCCAUUUAUAGGUAUCAUACACAAUAAUACAAAAUACUCAUGAAUAUGAAUAUAAUAACCUACAUACACACAAAUACAAUGCUAAAAGGCAACCGCAGCACCUAUUACACACGGCAACAUACACACCUCAAUUUAAAAAAAAUAGGACCGGCACAUCAAGGGACUUCAAGAUUAUGUUUUGGCACAGUAUUAUUAAAAGGUUGCCUACCCCUGAUCUAGAAAUAUUUACCAUUAUGUUCUACAGUAAAAUGAUUACUGCUUCACCAGUACACUACAGCGUACAUGUUCCACAGGGUGAAAAAAAAGUGGUUUUGGACUGUCAAUGUGAUAAAAAUGGAACCACCAAACUAGUAAGAAGCAGGGCUGGAGUGGAAAAAAAAUUUGGCCCUGGCAUUUUUAAUCACAGCAGCCCACUGAGAAGGGGACAAGGUCAAAGAAAGAGUGUUUUGUUAUCACAAAUGACAAACUCGCCCCCUCUCAAAGUAAGCAUGUUGGUUCAAUGUGCCGAACUCUGCUGAAGAGCUCUCGUAGUAGAAAUAGGCACUGUGGAAUUUAGAGUGAACUGAUUGUGGUGUUUUGUGUAAAUAGGUUGGUUUCAGUUGCUUUGUGUUUGUGGUGUAAUAUGUGUGGCUAGGGACUAUGGAGAGUGAGAGAGAAUGUGUGUGUGUGUGUGUGUAGGGCAUAGUGUGUAUAAGGGAUGUAGCAAAUGUGCGCAUAGGGGCUGUAGUGUAUGUGUAUAGGUGAUGUACUGUGUGUAAAGGUGGUAAAAAGUAUGUUUAAGGAAUGUAGUGUAUUUGCUUACAAGUGAUUUAGUAUGUGCAUUGGGUAUCCAGAGUGUGUAUGUUAGGAAUGUAGUGUGUGUGUAGGUGGUGCAUUGUGUAUGCCUCCUAUAUAGGAUCUAUUGUCUGUAGGUGAUCUAAUGUGUAUGGAGGACCCGGGGUGUGUAUAGGAGAUCUAGUGUGUGUAUGUGUAUAAAGGAUCUAGUGUGUGUGUAUGUGAGGGGUGCAGUGUGUGUUUGAGGGGUGCAAUAUGUGUGUUAUGGGUGCAGUGUGUGUGAGGGGUGCAGUGUGUGAGAGGGGUGCAAUGUGUGUGUGUGAGGGGUGUAGUGUGUGUGUAUGAGGGUUGUAUUUUGUGUGUGAGGGGUGCAGGGUGUGUGAGGGGUGCAGUGUGUGUGUAUGUGGUGCAGUAUGCAGUAUGUGAGUGUGAGAGAAGUGCAGGGUGUGAGAGGCGCAAUGUGUGUGUUGGGGGGGCAGAUUAAUUUCAGAUUUAUUUAAAUUAAAAAUACAUACUUUCAGAUUUAUUUCAAUUAAAAAUACAUACUUAAUAUCCCUUUCUCUUCUUACCUUUGCUGAGGGAGGGGGGGCAUUUCCUGCAAGCCCUGGUGGUCCUAGUCAAGAGUAAAUUUUAGCCAGCAGCUCCGCUAGAAUUCACUCUAGCGAGAUCAGAGCAUUGCUAUUAUAACUGCGGCAACACUCUGACCUUGCAUGAGGAACCUGGGGCUAGUGCUCCUGGGCCUCCUAUCUCCAUCCCCUGCUGGCAGUUGGAAUGAAGAGCCUGUGGGCCAGUGACAGAGAUCUCUGAUCACCCCACCAGCCCGUCAUGGCACAAAGCAGGGCCAACAUUUGCAUAGUGCAAAUCUGAUGUCCCCUGUUGGCCUCAGCAUAUUGCUAUCAUGGCCCACUGGGCAUUUACCUGGUAAGAAGUUACUACCAUAUUCACAUUUUACCAGUCUUGCUAAAUUUUAGCCACAUAUUUACUUCCCUUAAAGGACCACUAUAGGUACCCAGACCACUUCAGCUUAAUGAAGUGGUCUGGGUGCCAGGUCCAGCUAGGGUUAACCCUUUUUUUUUAUAAACAUAGCAGUUUCAGAGAAACUGCUAUGUUUAUAAAUGGGUUAAUCCAGCCUCCAGUGGCUGUCUCUUGACAGCCGCUAAAGGCGCUUGCGUGCUUCUCACUGUGAUUUCCUAUGGACUGAAGAGGAGGAGAAGAGGGAGGAGAGGAGAACUCCCGGCGCUGGAGAAAGAGGUAAGUUUAACCCCUUCCUCUCCCCAGAGCCCAGCGGGAGGAGGACCCUGAGGGUGGGGGCACCCUCAGGGCACUAUAGUGCCAGGAAAACGAGUAUGUUUUCCUGGCACUAUAGUGGUCCUUUAAGGAAACACUAUAGCACUAGGAAUACAAACAUGUAUUUGUAACACUAUAGUAUUUUAUUCACUAUUUAAAAUCAGGGCCCCACUAAAUGUAGUUUUUAAAAAAAGGUAUUUUAGAAGCAUAGGGAACAGAAGCAUAGGGAACAGGAAGCGCAUUCCCAGCGAGCACCACGCUCCAGUCCUCUGAUCAAAUGCUUCUCAUAGACAAGCAUUGAAUUUAAUGCAUCAAUAUGAUAAGUAUCAGAGUACGUUCAAUGUCCUUAUAUCUGACUUGUAGGAGUGGAAGUCCCCUCUAGUGGCUGUUGGGAUGGCAGCUACUAAAGUUGUGUUUAACCUCAGAAUGUAAACAUUAUUGCCAUAUUUCAAAAUCUGCAAUGUUUUACAUUGCUGGGUUAAAAUGACAGGAUGACUGCACACAUUGAGAUGAAGUGGUCUGGUGCUGCUUUCUAGGGCAUUACCCAUUACCUCCCUCUUCCUUAAGUUUAGCGAAUCUGCAUGGGAGUAAUUCUACAGAAGCUGAGGACCACCAGUUUUGCUAUCCCUGAUGUAGCGUAGUUAUUUAAUAUAACACAUUAGAUCUUCAUUUUGUCUUUGUCGCAUUCUGCACACAGUGAGGACCCAUUUGCAAAAAGCUGCUUAUAAAGGGAUAGCCGGCUAUCUGCACAUAAAUAGACUCUCUCCAUUUAAAAUACAAUGGGCCUGCUAUGUGAUGCAACAUUUAAAUAGAGACAACAGUGCACAAUGAAUGCAGUGUGUUAGGAUACGACACUGAGGAAUAAACUAAUGGCUUCGAAUAAUGGACCUCGAUCCUAAUCAUUAGACACAGGUUAGGGGACAUUUUACAAACAGAAAUCGGAGAAGGGGAUGGUGCGAAUAGGGGUGCAGGUUGUUUCCAAAAGGAAAGAGAGAAAAAGGAUUUAAACCUUUCAUAAUCUUCCUUUUUUUUUUUUGUGGCAAUAAAAGGGUUAAGACGUUGUAUCCCAUUUUUAUUUGCUUAAUUAAAUUGACAGAUAAGCAUUAACUCUGUCGGUAUAUUAGAUUCUGAUAAAAUUAACCCUUUUAACAUAUUAUAAUUUCUAUUGGCAUCAGAAGGGUUAAAUAUUGGGGUUUCUGUAAUUCCUUCCUUCUGUAUAAGAAGAGUUAAACCCCCUACCCCCCACCCCUUUCUUUGUUUCUUUCAAGUAGCACUGUCUCGUUCUCUGAUUUCUCUUCAUGAGAUUCCCCUUAACCUACUUCUGACGAUUAGGAUCAAGGUUCUUUAUUCCAAGCCUUCUAUUUCCAUUCAUUUAUACCUCUUAUCUUAACACACUGGGGUUUAAUCACUAGAUUUGGAAUUGCAGAGGACGUACACAAGAAUUACAAAAUUAAGGGCAGAAUAUCCAAACGGGCAGAAUUCUCAAAUCCAGCUUUUAACCCAGUUGACUAAUAGAGGAGGACCUGAAAAGGUUAACUAGCUAGCAAUCUAAGGUUGGUGCUGUGCACAGAGAGAUGUCUUUGUUCUAUUUUCAUGAUUGUAAAAUGACACAUUUUAGUAAUUUUUUGAGUGGCGUGUUCGACUGCACAGGGUGUGACCUGAAGGUGUAGUGGCGCCAUCCUCCACUACUUCGCCCCUGAAUUCCUGGCGCAAUAAGUAACAUUAUACAUUGAGAAUGUAUAAGCUGAUAACAAGCGUGAUGAUAAUGAAUAUAUCAUUCCAUAUAAUAUUAGUAAUCAGAUUCCGACUUGGACGGCAGUAAGUCUCAUUACUAAUGGGGUUUGCUAAUUAGGUUUAAGUAUCAGUACUUUGGAAAAUACUUAUUGUAUUUGCUAGGCCUAUUUGUGAGACUAUACUCUUAUCCCAAGCUAACAAUUUAUAAUGUUUUUACUUAAAAUUAAAGAAAAGUGUUCUAUGUCUUCUUGGUAAAAUAAUUUUAGUAAAAUACAAUUAAAACAUAUUAUAAUUAAUAUCUGGUAUCUAGUUGAAUGCAACAGGUCACCGUGAGGCCGAAGGACAGAUUCCCCUACUGCAAGCAUAGCAAAUUUCAUAGACAAAUACAAUCUGGGAUCACAAAAAGAUAUAUGCUAUCCAUUUACUGUAGAAUGAAAUGCUGGUGACAAGGCGGAGAGCACAGGACAUGUUUAGUGUUGCAAUGCUCUUAUUUUUAGAUCCUAGAAAUAAGUGUCUUGCGGCAGUGAAUGCGUAAGGUAAUGGAUCUUUCCUGUUCUUCCAGGAUUUGAUUUAUAAAUAGGAUUGGAGCCCUAGACAAAGGCAAAGCGGCCAUCUAGGUAAACGUCUGUUAGGGGUUAAGCCUUAUAAGUAUAUUGAUUUUAGGACCCCAUCCUGAGUCUUACAACAUUGGUAGCACGUAAUUUGCUACAUAUGUUAACAACUGCUUAGAAUAUUUUUUAAUUAAAGGUUGAUCUCACUUUGUGGCCUAUCUGUUUUGUGCCACUUACGACCGUCUCUCUAGCAUGGGGAUUCAAGGGAUUCCCCACGUUAGAGAGCUGGUCUAUGUUCGGGGCAAUUAUCCCGAACAUAAACUGGAGGGAUUCCCUGCUCUGCUGCACUUGUCUAUGUUCGAGGAAAUUUCCCCGAACGUAGACUUGUACAGGUGCGCAUGCGCCUCACUUACUGACCAAUUCGUUUUACGACCAGGUCGUAAGAAAGGAACCCGGUCGGUAACUGAGGAGCAUCUGCACUGUAACUACUUUCUAGUCCAAUUUAGUGCAGUGAUAUGUUUGUCCACUGCUCUUCCACUCAUUAGCAUACCUAAUUAUCAACAUUCAUGUUUUCUUUGGGGAAAUCUACUGUUUAGAGUUAAAUACCCUUUUUAAUUAGAUUGAUCUACUAAGGUUUCAAUAAGUCUCAAUUAUACAUACCGCUUUAAAUUAUUAGUUGACCGUAAGAACCACCCUUGUUUGUAAAUUGUGGGUUACAUUAAAUGUCUCCGUACACUCCUACACCUUUUUAGUCAAAUCUAUUUUAUGGAUUUCUUUAUAUAGAAGUCUCAUAAAGUUUGUUACAUUAUUUAUAUAUUCCAAUUUUUCAUUCAUUUCUAUAGGCAAUUCUGUAGUGGAGUGCCCCUAACAGGGUACACUUUAUGCAGUUUUAAGUGGUAUUUGAUUCUUAAAUGUUGGCAUAUUUUUAUAUUUACACACAGACAGAGACUUCCCUUUUUUACUUUUGUGCUCCCAGAAGGGAUCCAUCUGAGAAAUUCCUUAAAAAAAAAAAAAAACACACAAAAAAACCCUUGUCCCUAUUUUUAGCCCAAAUCCCUCUUAGCCCUCUUUCCUACCGUAAUGUCCCUCUUUUCUAGGAGCUUUAUAUUGUUGGUGUAUCUGAGUGUAUUCUAGAACUCCACAGCAAUAAUACCCACAGUAAUGUGCCUUUACACUACAAUAAAUGUAUUUAGAAAUUGAUCUGUGUAAAUAAGGUACCAUGUUCUUGUUCUAAAUUAUAUUUUAGUUCAUAAAUUGUUCUUAGUAAGUCUCCUAAAAAUUCUCAGAACAGCCCAGCCCUGGCCACAUCUUCAUUCACACCCCUAAAGUUAAAGUGUCCCUCGUUGGCCACUUGAAAUGUUAAAACGUAUGCUACUCCCUUUCAUUACUUUUUUUUUUUCAUGAGAUAUACGUGAUUGAUAACGUGUUGAUAUAUAGUGUUUCUCACAUCUCGGAGAAAAGCCCAGAAUUUCAAAGUGGGCGCUAAUGUUGUAUCUAGUUUUGGUGUCACUGCGUAAAGAUGUCUGAAGAUAUCUACCAUUACCACUACCACACACCAAGCACAAAAAGGUUAUUUUUCAUGGCCAUAUAAUUCUGGCCAUGAAAAAUUCCCACCUGCUGCCCCUCUCCUUCGACACUGUGUAAAUAGGCAGCUGAACAAAUCUCCUCCUACAUGUAAUCAUUAUAAGACUGUUGGUAUAAGGCUGCAGCCCAAACCUCCUGUAUGCUUGUGGCCGGGCUCUUGUACCCCCUUUUCCAGCCCUCCCUGCAUUUAGGUCCAGUGAAUAAACUGGAAGACUUAAUGCUAAGAAUGGAAUAGUUUUAGACAUUAAUUCAUAAUAAAAAAUAAAAAAAAAUCUUGAAACAUAGUAGUCAUAUUUAAAAAAAAAUGUUGUUGAAAAAACACACUAAAACACUUGUGUGUUAAUUCACACAAAAAAUAAAACACCUUAGAGUAAUGCACAAAGCGAAACGCUGCAGAGUGACAUGCAAUAAAAAUAUGCAAUUCGCAGGUUUUCACUGAAAUGUGAACUGUCCGGAAUUGAAAGUAAAUUUAAAGUUGUAGUUUCAAAGAAGCAGAAAUGGAAAAAAUCUUCGAGAUCCAGCUGCAGGACUACCAGUGACAGCACCAAGGCCCCAGUGGGUCAGGGGGAUGACCGAUUCUCGUUGAGAACAUUGAACUCAGUUGAGUGUGUGUAAUUUCUGUCUGUUCAUAAACAACUAGAACCUCUGCAUUAACAUGGUUUACAUCUGGGUUUGUUGUCCAGAAUCCCAUGAUUCACAUGUCAUAUGUCUGAUAUUUCAGGUGAAACUUUUCCUUGACAAACUGUGGAUCCAGUUUCGAGAAUCAGAUCCUUCAAAUACAGGAUACGUCACUAAGGAAGAGUUUCUCGACAUUUUACAAGACCUGAGCCCAGAUUUGACCCAACAUCAAUGUGACUCAAUGGCAGCAAAGUUCGGAGAUGGACAGAACAGGUGCUCUAUGGAGAGAGGCAACUCGUCACCUUCUAAAAAAGCUACAUUAGCAACAGUUGAAACAUUAGAUCUAUACUGUAUCGCAUUCGCAGCAUCACCAUUAUUGUCAGUUUUGUUGUCAGUGGUUAUGAAUCCAUUGAUACAAUUGAUACUAUAGAUUUCUAAACACUUCAUUUGAACAUUAUAUAGGCUAUGCAGGCUGUCCUGGGAGCUGGGUAAAAGUACAAUAGCCAUCCAAAGCCAUUAUGUUUGCUUACCAUAUAUAUGAAUCCAGAUCCCAUUAAUGGUAUUUGCCCCUUGUCCUUAUCAAGUUUCCCAAAUUUGUAUUGUUGUUUUAUUUUUGUAGAGUAUCAUACGUAGAAUUUCUUCAGCCUUAUCAACCUGGACAGUCACUCUCAAAGAAGAAUAGAUUCAAGGCUACAAAGAAGGAAGUUAAAGUGAUAUCAAACCAGGAAUCUGUUCAACAUGGUUUGAAUGCCAUCACAUCCAAGUUAAAAGACAGGGUAGGUAAAAUGAAAAUCCUAUUCAAAAUUGUUGUCACCAUACAUUUUACAUCACAGAACAAGGGUAAUGUAGGCAUAAAUCGUGCACCAUGAAUAGUCUUGUGAUAUCACUAUGGGUUGAGUAUUAAACCGUGAUUCAUACAAUUAGGUUAUCUAGAUUUGAAAUUGUUUAAUGGGUACCUACAACCUAUGCUCUUUUGAAAGAGUAUACAAUUCCAUCUAUGCAUUGUGCAAGCAGAUUUGCUAGCAAAUGUAUAGAUUGAAAGAAAAACAUAAAAGAUUUAAAAAAUAGGUCUCCCUCCCACUUUGAAGUAAAUUCUCCAGAAUAGAUUGUAUAAUGAAGAAUUGACUGACAAGGGAGAGCAGUAGGGAUCCCUCCCAAAAUGGUCCUUCUACUCUCCACGCAUACUAACCACACUGCAUGUGCUAACUCAUAAUAUAUCAAGACAUGAAAGAUUGAGUCUUUGAUAUAUGUUUCCAGUGGAGUGUAAGGGUUAAUGUAUAGUCACCAGAACAACUACAGCUUAAUGUAGUUGUUCUGGUGAGUAUAAUCAUUGCCUUCAGUGUUUACAUUGCCCCUAGGGACACCGCCAAGUGGUCACUCCUCAGAUGGCCACUGGAGGUGCUCCCUGGCUCAGUGCUGCACAGUAGGCAGCACUGCCAUUCAGCGUCCCCACUCUCUGCAUGGGUCGCUGAAUUUUCCUCAUAGAGAAAGGUGCUAUGAGAAGGUGCUGAUUGGCCAUGAUUUCCCCAUGGGAAAGCAUUGGAUUGGCAAAAUAAUCUGCAAUUCUGAUGAUGUCACCAAGAGGGUGGGGCGAGUGCAGUCGGACCCGCACGGCACUGGAAAUAAGGUGUGUUUUUCAUGCUUUUAAAGGGGAUAAGGGGGUUUGCGGGGGGCAAGCCACCUUAAUGGUAGGUUUUGCACUAUAGGGUCAGGAAUACAUGUUUGUGUUCCUGACCCUAUAGUGUUACUUUAAGUGAUAGUGUAAUAUAGGGGUUGUGUAACUGAUUGUGUAAUGUAAGAGUUGAUAUUUAACUGGCAGUGUAGGGAUUAAGUGGAGGUUUUAAAGGGGCAUACAAUUCCCAUUACAAAAAAAGGCACAAAAUAUUCCCAAUCCCAGAUGAGAUUGAAACCAUAUAUCCAACUCUCAGUGAAAGCUGCACAAUAUUCCAACAGUGCUAUUCAAAAAAAGGGAAUUUAAAAUUAAUUCAAGGCCAAUAUAACAAAAAUGGAAAAUUAUCUAAAUCAGCUAUGUUCUCAGUUAUGAUAUUAAGAUCUCUUUGAAUUCGCUUUAAAUUUAUUACGAUUCAUAUUUGAAUGAAUAACCCUGUAAAUUCCUAAGAAAGCCACAUAAUGAUUCCAGUCCCCAUGAAAAAAACACACAAUCUUCCCACAAAGGACAUUUACCUUCUAAAUUGGGGGUAACAGGAACCUACCCUAGAUGUGCCGAGUCCCUUAGUAUUCUUGCACUAUUCUCCAGUAAUCGCAGCCCUGUCUGUGUUGAGGACAGAGAUGGUCAUUCUAAGUCUGCCAAUGAAAUUCCACUGUAGAGUGCCAGUGACACUGUCUUUGUUGUUCUGCCCAGUUAUCUAGGGUGGAUUGGAAGAAUCUUCACCAAACCUGCCAGAAACUGGACCGCGAUGGAUCAGGAUUUCUACACUUUUCGCAAUUCCAAUCAGUCAUAAAACUGUGCAACAUUGUCCUGGAUGAAGAUGACAUUUAUCAAGUUAUGGCUCAGUAUGAUAAGGAUCUGUGUGGAAAACUUAAUUAUUCAAAACUGGUUUCAGACCUUAAGACUAAAUGAAGUGCUUUAUGUGUGAAGGGGAUGACCUCUCUUUUAUUUUUUUUUAAUUUUACAAAGACUGCAGAUUUCAAUAUAAGUUGACAUUUUUAUAAAUGAACUUGAUUGCACCCCUGACUGUCACUCAGAUAACUGGUCCUGAUACGUCCUGGUUUGUUUGGCUCAGUGGAGCUAAACUCAAAAGGCAGCAAUUGUCUACAGAAAAUGCAUAGAAAAGACUUCUCAUUGAGCUGCACUAGGAAAACUGUGAUUGGACAGUCACAGAUAGUCUGGGUGGGGCUAGAAGGGGAGGACUUGCAAAGGCAGCUUUUGCCAGCUUUUUUUUAGACAAACCCCCAAUGAAAAAUGCUUCAGUGCAUGCAUUUUAGAUUGGAGAUAUAUAUCUACUAAACUGUGAUUUAGAUAUGUUUUGUUUGUAUUUGGGCAUUUGAGUGUCAUUUUAAAGAAAGUGGCCCAUAGAAGGUCUACAGACUAAAUAAAGAGCUGUGGUAGGCUUGCAGUUAGCUUACCAAAGUAUAAUCAGAAUGAGAAAGUUGGAAAAACUCUCAGACACUGCUACAUUGCCCAGCAUUUAGCAAGUUGAUUAUCCACUCAAAGCAAAUCAUAGUUUAGUGAAUAUGCCCUUUAGAUUGGCAUCAAGGGUAAAAAUGUGUAUGGUGGGAGUUUUUGAGUGAUUGGAGGGAGUUGCAGAUUUAACCAUAAAUCACUGUUUAGUGCUUCAUUGCUUUAUUCUUUCGUAGAUGGAUGUGGGAGAUUCCUUUCCAUCACUCUUUUCAUGAAACAUAUGUCUUCUAUAAAUUAUUUUAAUGAAACCUUUUAAUGAACUGGGUAAAAUAAAUUACAUUAUGUAUCUGGGUAUUAUGUGUGUUCUGCAAACAUCUCUCAUUUUAUAUUAGAGUUUUAAUGUUAGCUAUUUUGGUUUCCCGUCAAAAACAAAUUCGGGUAA